GGAAAAAUGGGGACCACUCGUAGUCUAAUACAUUACUGAAUCAGAGAAUUAGGAUAUAUAUUAAUUUGGUUGCCUGAAUGCAAUAUAUAGUCUAUAAUUAUCCACAUAACAAAUUACUAUUUAAAUAAAACUACAUUUAUUUUUACAUAUUCUAUGCAUAUAUUUUGGUUGAUCCACCUGUUGGUAAGAUUUCACAAGGAAGUAUUAUCACAUAUAAAUUAUAUGUUUCACAUGUAUUUUGCACACCUUCUACAUAUAUGUAACAAAAAUGUCACAUGUAUGUUGCAUAUAUGUCAACAUAUAUGUGACAUACAUGCCACAUAUAUGCUAAAUACAUGUGGCAUAUAUGUGACACAUACGUGGCAUAUACAUGUAACAACUAUAUGUAACAUAUAUGUAAUUUUGGUAAGGGGGUAUUUUGAUAGCUGUACGAAACACGUUGAGAGUGUCAGUGAGAGAAGACGUUAGUUUCGAUUCGGCGGAAUUAUUAUUUGUCGAUACUCUAUUCUCGGCGAAUAGAAAAAUCAGUUUAGGUGUCUUUUAUAGGCCGCCCAACGGUAACAUGAAUUACCUGUUAGAUCUACAAGCGGCUCUUGAUAAUGUGCUUUCAUCAGUAAACUCAGAAAUGGUACUUGAUGGCGACUUUAAUAUUCCCGAAUUCGACUGGAACACGAACUGUGCCUCUGUGGAUUCACCUAACACUACUUUGUUAUCAGUUGUUAUACACGACAAUUUUCUCCUUCAGGUAGUCAAGGAUCCAACUCGCAAUGAAUUACAACGAGGCAUUAAAUGCCCUUAAUUUAACAGCUCUAAGUGACAGACGCGCCCAUCUCUGCCAGGUUUAUAUUGAUAGACUCCGGAAUGAGAAUCACCCCUUGCAUUUUAUGCUCCCCAGACAGGAGGAGGUUGUGUAUAAUUAUAAUCUUAGAUCUGGUAUUAGCCGCUCCACGCGUCGUACCUGUAGGACCAAGCGCACGCAAGAGUUUGUCACGGAUAAGUAUACCUAGUGGCUUGUACAAUUAUAUUUUCUAGUAUUUAUUUGAUUUAUUGUAUUAUAUUUUAGUAUUAUAUGUUUUGUAAACAGCUCUGUAAUUCAGCCAUUCUGUAUAUUGCUGCAAUGAGUCUUAAUAUUCAGUCAUUAUUAUUAAUGGGAAUAUUUUAGACUUGAUGCAUGUUCGUUACGUCUCUCGACCUAGUUUAUGAUCUAAAAGUUGGUCUGCCCUUUUCUGACCAGAACUCGAUCUCUAUGCUAUUAUCGAGGAAAUCGUUCCCUGGACGGAAAUCGCAGACGGUUGAGCUAUUCCUUCAAGAAGGCCUCCUGGGAUCAUCUCAGGAAUCUUUUCAUUACACUCCAUGGUAUUGCGCUUUUUUUGGAUACUCACAUAGAUCGUAUAUGGGCUGCAUGGUCUGAUUUGUUUUUAUCUGUGAUCGACGAGUGUAUCCCAAAGCGGACAGCGAAGAGAAAUUCAAACGCACCAUGGAUAAGUGGGGAUCUAAUUAAGUUGUGUAGAAGAAAAAACGCGCUUUACAACAGGGCAAAAAAACCUGUGUUCUGACUAGGACUGACUGGGACAAAUAUCGUAAAUUUAACAGAUGUGUCAAGAAGGAAUGCAACUCUGCGCUUAGGCAGUUUGUAAACAAUCUGGCAGAUGAAUUAAAAACCAGUAACAGUCCAAAGCCUUCUUGGAACUUUGUUCAAUCAAAGAUAAAAGUAAAGUGCGACCUAGUGUCCUUAACGAUGUAUCUUAACGAUGACCUGAGUAAUGCCAACUGUAUGAAUUCUUAUUUCUCAUCGGUCUUUACUGCUGAGGAUCACGAAACCUUUCCCGACCUCGAUUAUAUUACCGACAAGAAAUUAUGUAAUGUCUUUUGUUCUGUCACUGAAGUUGAGAAAAUUGCUAAGAAAUUUGAAUACCUAUAAAUCCCCUGAGGAAGACUGCAUAUCACCUCGCAUCCUAAGAUAAUGUGCUCAAGUGUUGUCAUCUCCACUGGCUUUAUUUCUGGAUACAUCAAUCUCUCAAGGUCAGCUACCAUGUAUAUGGAAGUCGGUCCACAUCACUCCAGUUCACAAGAAAGGGAACAAAAAUCUUAUGGAGAACGACCGCCAAAUAUCACCGACUUGUACUGUAUGCAAGGUUGCAGAAGAUGUGGUAAGGACCCGUGUGGUUGACUUUUGGUUAGAUCUCAAUCUUUUUAACCCAGAACAAUGCGUAUCUAAGGGGCAAAUCUACGUUACUUACAUGUUACAACAAAUCGCAUUCAGCAUAAAGUUGUUCUCCUUGUAUUGCGAACUGUAACUGCAACUGAAGCUUUGGGCAAGAAUACCCUUGCAGAUAGCAGGUAGUCCACCGGCAGUUUUCCUCUAUUCGUGCGUCAACUUUCACAAAUGUAUUAGCGUUGCAUUUUAAGGUUAAAUUUGACCAGCUAUUUCUGCAGCGAGUUCUACGGUCACGAUUGACUUCGAACUUGCAGAUAUAAAACUAGAGAGCUCUGAGGCUUAUUUGCCGAAGAUAGAGAAAAAUCUGUCUUAGGGUUUUGAAAUUAUUGCCAUUUUUUGUAAAAAUGCGGUUUUAAACAUAUGCCGAUAUCUCAAACGUUUUUUAUACCUACAAGAAAAUAAAUAACAUUUUCUUAAAGUUCGACCAUUCUUUAUUACGGAUACCAAAAAUCGUGGAAAUCGGUUAAAUCAUUCCUGCCGAAAAACGCGAUUCAAAAACAUAACCAACGCGCAUAUAAAUAGGUUCGGGCCACCUUAAGGGCCAGGGGGAAUCGUUCAGAUUGGUCAUCGUGAUUUCAGGCGUGCCUCAAGGAACAAUACUCGCUCCAAUCUUAUUUAUCAUUUAUGUAAAUGAUAUUUCGACAAACAAAACAUCAACUGUCAAAAUCUAGGCUGGUGUCACCAAAAUCUAUCACACGAUCAAUGAGCCUGAUAAGGAUAUCUCAGCCUUACAGCUUGAUCUAAAUAGAUUAUAAGCGAUUGGGCUAACAAGUGGCAGUUGCGCUUUAAUCUCGAAAAAUGCGAAGUCAUGCGUGCAAAGCACAGUAGGGACAGAUCUAAGCCAAGUUACUCUCUAGGUGUGCAACUAAAAUCUGUUGAAAGUGUCAAGGACGUUGGGGUCACAAUAAACUACGAUCUAUCUUGGGGUAAACACGUCUCCUACAUAGUAAACAAGGCGAACAAAGUAUUAGGUGUGAUUAAGCGAUCACUCUUAAACGACAAUCGGCAUGCGUUUUCAAGUCGUUGUUAAGACCUAUACUCGAAUACGCUGCCCCCGUCUGGAGCCCCUACCAAAAAAAGGAUAUUGAAUCCUUGGAAAAAGUCGAAAGAAGAGCAUCACGGUUAGGCUUAAAGCAAAAGCGCGGAGAAAUGAGCUAUGACGACCGCUGCCGCUUAAUUGGCAAACUCUGGAGAAAUAUAGAGAGUUCUUAUCUCCAGUUCAGUGCUACCAGAUAGUUUUUGGAAUAGAUAGCCUUCCUUUUUCAGACUUUUUUUAACUUAGUAAGUGUAAUCGAACUUGAGCCGAUCACGAUUAUAAGCUCUAUGUAAAAGUUGCCAUCAUAAAUUGCUACAAAUAUUUUUUCUUUGUAUGGAUCGUUAAUGCGUGCAAUAACUUGCCUAAAGAUGUUGUACACGCAGGAUCGCUGACUUUAUUUUGCAACAGAUUAAGGAUUUAUAUGAAUAUUGAUUAAUACGAUUGCAAAUAGCUUAAUUAAAGUAUGCAAACGAUGUUUUUAUUCUAGUUUUUAGGUUUUAGGUUUUUGUCUCUGUAUAUAAUGUUUUAGAUUCUAGAUUUUACCUUUUCAUCUUUUAUUUUGGGGAAUCUUUUAUAUAGGGUUGACCUCUAGAUAUCCCGUUUUGAGAGAUAUUUUGUAACUUUAGUUUUGUAUCUCUUGAAUAAAGUAUUGUAUGGAAAGAUUUUCACACAAAUUCCGUACAACAGGUGAGAUAAAAAUAGAAAACGCAAGGUUCCAUGCCCAGCUUCAGUUCGAUUUACACAGCUUUGAUCAAACCAUUCUCAGUUUCGAGGAUAUAUAGUUUCUUCUAAACCAUAAGAAAUAGAUUUAAUUAGAAGUUGAAUUUUUCACUAUUUCUCUUUCACUUUCUACGUACAGUUCAUUUGAUGUGCCGGAAAGUAAGCCUUAGAAAUUGAAAGGACGUUUGAUCAAUUCACGCUCGCGCAUUCUAGUCUUAUUUUAAAUUUCAUAGCGGAAGGACAUCUGUGGGCAGGAAAUAAGGCCGCACAGAAUUUGAUUGUCGGCGAAUUUCUAUAAUCGUCCAUGGUUCUGGUAGUGAGAAGCUAGUCGUUCAUCCACUCGUCUUGCUUGUUUGGGGCUGAGUCUUAUUCCGGUCAAAGAGAGAGAAAGAGCGUCUGGCAAGGUUUCCAAUCAAAGAUUUGUGAACUCGUGUCUGGCAAAGUCUCCAAGUGUUUAUAUAUCUGUCUGGAUUUGAUAAAAGGUGACCUUUUUUUAAUGAUCUUUUCAGUGCAAAAAUCCCCUUAAAAGCUGCAGUAGAUCAAAAAACAUGUGUUUACUAUGCUGUUUACAUCUUCCCCACCCCCCUCCCCCCUUCCCUCCCGCAGUUUUCCCCUACUUAUCAUUUCCCAUAAUUCUCUACACUAUGACAUUUGAAAUCAGCGCGCGCGGUAAAAGUUGUUUUCCGUGGUCGGUUAAUUUUUUUGGCCGCCUGCAGCGAAGUUUUCCAGAAGGCAUCAUUAAGCCUUAUGAAGGAAUAAGUCUCACGAUUGACAGAGUCUGCCGUAGUCCAAUAUGUUACCGUAUUUCGUCUCGUUUUGGCUAAACGGGUGAAACACUGAUCUCGGGCUUGAGACGGAAAGGCAUCAUAUUGCAAGCUGUGAUGUGGGCGGUGACGAGUCUCUGGCCUCAAAAAGUAGCUUUUAGGAGUCAAAACUAUUCUGCAAGAGCAAAAUUGAUGCUGAUUUCUGACCAGGCCAGAGACAUAGUAAAAAUUUGUUUUGAAGGCCGGCGUCCAUGUGUCCCUUUCAAAACGGCUCGUUUACAUCCGGGAUCUUGAAUAAAUCGACUGUUUCAGCAAAUUUUACAUGUGAUGAUUUAUGUGGAGAAAGCGAGAGUUAUUGAGAGAGAGUAAUGUCAUGAUAUUUCGCCCAAAUUAAGUGUGGAAACAUUGUGUUUGGUUGGUUGUGGAUAGUUUUGUCAUUGCCGCGAACGUGGUUAAUUGUGUGAUUUCCUGAAGUUGUUGACAGACAGAUUUCAGGUAUGUCGUGGUGCUCGUGUUAUAAGAAUAUUGUGUACAAGCAUGAAAACGCUUUCUAAGUGUUUCGUUGAAGUGAUUUUGUCUUAGAAAACCGAUUGUGAGGUCAAGAAAGGUGGUUUCUAGGUCUGUUUUAGUCGGGCAUCUCCGUCUCCGUCUCCAUCUCUUCGUUAAAAAUCUGUCGCUUUUGCCAAGAGCAACUUUUUGUGUGUUGCCAGCGAUUAAUUCGUCCGUUUUAAGCCCUAACUAGCGACUUUCAACUGCUUUUUAUUGACCUCAAGGAUCAAAUUGUUAAAACGCACUUGAAAUUUCUGGAGGUACCUUUUAUCAAAUCCAGACAGAUAUAUAUACAGAGUUAUACGCACCUUAUAGCUUCAUCUGCGCUUAACAAGUGUCUUUUGGUCCAUAACUUUCAAAACAACGGCUCCACAGUAUGUCACUGGUAACACAUAUCGCAAAAGAGUAUCUGUCUUUACGUCAUCCUAACCAUCUCGUACCUGCGGGCGCGAACAAUAGAAACGUCAUUAUUACCUAUCGAUUCCUCGCGCCCCCUGUUCAAGCAAAUCGAGAUUUUUUUCGGGCAUACUGACUGUAUAUUUCAACUGUAAGUACUUUCCUUAAUAUACGCGCUAGUUACUAGAGUGCCUCCUCGGGAUUUCGCCUUCUGGGCGAAAUCCCUGCGGGGCAAUAACUUUAUUACUUUCCAAAUUCUGGCUUUUCAAAGUAAUUACAAUAUUCAAUAAAAUAUGUAAAACUAUAAAACAAUAAGAANUUAUCAAAUCCAGACAGAUAUAUAUACAGAGUUAUACGCACCUUAUAGCUUCAUCUGCGCUUAACAAGUGUCUUUUGGUCCAUAACUUUCAAAACAACGGCUCCACAGUAUGUCACUGGUAACACAUAUCGCAAAAGAGUAUCUGUCUUUACGUCAUCCUAACCAUCUCGUACCUGCGGGCGCGAACAAUAGAAACGUCAUUAUUACCUAUCGAUUCCUCGCGCCCCCUGUUCAAGCAAAUCGAGAUUUUUUUCGGGCAUACUGACUGUAUAUUUCAACUGUAAGUACUUUCCUUAAUAUACGCGCUAGUUACUAGAGUGCCUCCUCGGGAUUUCGCCUUCUGGGCGAAAUCCCUGCGGAGCAAUAACUUUAUUACUUUCCAAAUUCUGGCUUUUCAAAGUAAUUACAAUAUUCAAUAAAAUAUGUAAAACUAUAAAACAAUAAGAAAUGAUUAAAAUCAUAUGUAUAUAGCAAGAUUUAACAAGAUAUUUACAAUAUAUUUACAACAAAGCUUCUGAAGUUCUCCUUGUAAAUGACGCAUCAUUUACCUUUUUGAGUGAUGCAAGUUUUGUUAGCUCAGUGAGCCUUUCGGGUAAGGAAUUCCACAGUGAAAUCGAAACUGCUCGAUAAUGGAAAGUUCUUUGGGCUCUGACCGUUCUGUACCCGUUCUUAUUCUUGUCCCGUGUGUCUUUAUUGUGGAUUUCAAACCUCUUUUUGAACUUCUUAGCAAGAUAGUCAGGGGCUAAGUAUGCAAUCCCGAUAAGCAUGGAUUCGACAGACAAUUAAUUCAACCAUUUCAGUUCUGUAAGAAAAGGGGUAAUGUGAUCAGAUUUCUGCAAACGGGUUAUAAUCGUAGCUGCGAAGUUUUGGACAUUCUGUAAUUUGUUGAUAUUCUUCUUUGUCGUACUAGACCAAACAGAUGAACAAUAAUAGAGUUUGCUAAAGACCAGUGCAUUGAUAACGUUUAACAAGGUGUUUCUGUCCAAAAGAUGUUUUACCCUAUUAAUUUGACUUAAACUUGACAAGCAAGAAGAUGUAACACUUGUUACACGUUCAUCAAAACUCAAUGUAGCGUCCAUAUGCACUCCAAGGUCCUUCGCUGAAACAACCGGACGUAGCUGUUUCCUCAGUGAAGUAACAUGUAAAUCCAGAUGUGCAGGCGUAUUUUGAAGCAUUUGACGGGUGCCAAUUAAAAGCAUUUUUGUCUUAUCCAGGUUAAUCAGAAGGCUGUUUUGGCAGCACCAUGCGGCAACUUUCCUCAGGUCUUCGGUUAUUUGUUGCUUCACCGUCGAUAUCUUUAACUAAGAAUAACAUAUUUAAUUUGGAAUCAUCCACCUAGGAUUCUAAGGAGCAGUAAUGUGGAACCCCCUGCAAAUCGUUGAUGUAAACAUUAAAAAAUGCCGUCAACAGGAUAAAUCCUUGCUGAACUCCGUGUGUAGAUUUACACAUAUUGCAGACAUUUCAGAGACAAUUCGUUUAUACUGCUGGCGAUCAUGUAUGUAGCUCCUAAAUCAUUCUAGUGCUGAACUAGACACCCCCCAACGAGCUCAAUUUGACUAAAAGUUUGGCAGUCUUUAGCUGUCGUUUUACAGCCGGGGUUUCCGAAUUUGUCAGUGAAGGUGAAAAAGCACUCGUAUCGCCAGUUCUCGGUGGUGAAACGAGGGGUAGGUCUAAACGCUCUCAGAUAUCAGCGUUACUUUGAAAAACUUGCAACCAAGACGUCUCAUAUCGAGCCGCAGAAUCUUCCCCCUAUUGCUUUACCUGCGCGUCUAACUACAGGUAAAGCAGUGGCAGGGAGAAGGUGCUGGCAUGUCAAUGGAGGACUGAGGGUGGAAAGUCACUAAUUAUCAAGUAUUUCCUGUUGCAACGGACUUGCCACCUGCCCCAGAAUCGCUUUCUUUAGUUAAUCAGAUGUAACUGUUCGUCUGACUGUCGCAGAAUGAGGUGCAUUUGUCGCAAGAAUGGUAUACAGUGUUCCUCGGCCUGCAACGAGUCUUCGUGCACAAAUUCUUCAAACACUGUAGACUACGAAACUGAAGAUUCGGAAGACUAGCGUAUUUAAAAAUACAUUGUACAUAGCACCUGUAGAAUUGAAUUAAAGAGGGUUCUCUGUUGAUGAUAUAGGCCUUUUUUUUUGUCGCGAGUCUUAAGCAUUUUUGUCUCGUAGUGUUUCGGCAAAAUCAGAUCUCGCUGCUGUGGAGUAAAUAGUCUUUAAAAAACCUUAAUAUUUUCCUUUUUUAAAAGAAUUAUUUUUGGGAACUUCUUUCACGAUUAAAGCCUUAAAAUAAUUGUUGUUAAGAAUAUGUUCUUAGUUUUGGCAAAAUGGCUCAAUUUAUACCAAUAAAAAACGCUAUACGGCAACUUCCGGUUGACAGCCUCGUUUUUAUGCUGUGGGAAGAAGGGACUUAUGUUGUAACUCCCGUUUGGAGGUGUUCCCAUGCUUGGAUCUUAAGGGACUUUUAGUAUGUUCAUGCAUAGGAUAUUUCUAACUGUUCAAUGAUGAGAAAGCUUCUUUUGCAAUUAGUUACUGGUCCGACGACAAAAAGACUGGAAUAAUGUUUGUGCGCAAGCGUAAGGUACUGGCCAUACUGCGGAGUUGGUACGUGUUCUUCAUUGCAUAAAACUGGUAUUGACUUAAAAAAGGCGCGCUUCUAGUUAACCACUUAUGCUCUGAUAAUAAACAAUUAUUCACCAAAGUAUUAGCCUCUCACGCAGACGUUCUUAGGGGUUCGUCACGCGUUCCUGCCCCACGAACGUUUGCUGACGUGAGCGGAAAAAACCUAGACCAAUCACAGCAGACUUCCAGAUCUGGGAAGUGCACUUUGGACCUUGAGAAAUUUCGCGCUUGACUUUAUAGCUCCAGAAAAGAUCAGAAAGGUUGCAUGAAAGGUGAAGACCUUACAGUUUUAGAACAAACUACUCAGUUAACUCACAAGCGUUCGUAUUAGUGGCUAUCCUCAGAAUCUCAUUGAAAAAAAUUACCUUGGAGGUUUAAUUUGCUGAAGGGAAGUCGGCUUCCCUACAAAACAAUGAAGUGUGAAAAAAAUUCUGCCUUUUGUUCAGUCGCACAAGGUAACCUUGCCGUUGCAUCACCUAAACAACAACUUUAUGAGCAAAUGACAUCUAUAAUCCAGCCUUUACAGAGAGAAAUAUACAAAAAGCCAACGCAUAUACCCUAUAUUCUCGUCAGGAGCAAAAAUCUUUGAUCACGUAUUACACUCUACAGAGCUUGUGCGUAUGUGUUUGGCUUGUCAACACUUUGACUUCAACAGCGCCGAUUGGAUCUCCGAUAAUCUGCAUGUGAUCUCCAGCCGAUGUUUGCGAACAAUGGGAAAGGAAUUUAUCUUUCAGUUCAGCAGACGUUCGUGGGGCAGGAACGUGUGACAAACCCCUAAGAACGUCUGCGUGGGAGGCUACCAAAGUAUAACCUUGCUUGCCUAAUUACUUUCUAUCCCAGAGGCUGCGACUCGCUGGACGACGGUAUCGAAGGCUCUGGAGACGAAAUCGCGAGGACAAACAAUUGGUUCAUGAUAUACCGAACUAAGGCAUGAUCGAAGAUUAUUCAAUCCCAACGUUGUCUAAAAACAAAAACUACUCAUAAGACAAGUUUUUUUUUUUUUUUUUAUCAUUACUAUUUCUUUUUGAAAGCGGACCGAUAAAAUUCAAGGUUGAACUAUGCAACCGAGGAACACUUUAAAACCGUUGGUCUGGAAAAUUGAAGUCCUUUAAAAUAGUAGUCAGCAUUUCAAAUGGUAAGCAAUAAUUGUCUUUUAUAUUCUUUAUCUUUUUUUUUUUUUUUUUUUGGAAUCUAGGGGGGCGGGAAGAAGUCAAAACACUUGUGGACCUUGCAAUGAUGUCUGCCGGAGAAAGUGAUAUUGAAACCGACCGUGUCUCAUUUUUGCACACUACAGCACUUGGAUUCGCUCCAUUCAUUUUUGACCUGAAGAAAGAUGUUGGCUUCUGUCAAUUGAUAAGGAUAUUUGACGCGGUGUGGAAAGAAAUUGAAGAAAACAAAUCCCUGCCUAAAAAGCUGGUAAAGAGGAACUUUUGUUAGGUUAUAUUUGACGGUAAUUUUCAACUCACCAUGUUCUCCAUUUGUUUUUUUCCGUUGUCAAACUGAUUAAGUUUUGCAACAACUUAUUUCAAGAACUUAACACUAUUUUAAACUAAGGAAACCAGUCAAUUGAAUAAUGCGGUUGACUUAUGCAUGAUCAGGAACUGCAUAACAGUCCGAAGUGGCGCUUUUUUUUUUACUCUUUAGGAGGGUAUCACUGAGCAUCUUGAGUGGCUUAAGGGAGUAAAAGAUGCUCAUGCCAUGUCCUCUCUCGAGUUGGCCCAGAAGAUCAAUGAAAGAGGCGUUUAUUGCGUUGGUCAGUUGGACACCACAACCACAUUACAGCCUUCUGAUAAGAAAACAGUUGAUUCUGUUGUCAAUUUGGUACUUCCUUUAGAAAGCAAUAGUAACGCAACUUUCAGAGAAUACAGUCUGGGGAAACUGCAAGAACUGCAAAGCAAAUUAGCCCUCAUUUCUGGUAAACGUUCUACUGGGCAGGACGAUGUUGACAAAUUUAACCAGGUAUGAUUUUUCCUUUCUUCGCUAAAACAGACUAAUUCACUGUUCCCAAUGGUCAGGCGACUCAAUUUCUUAGAGGAUUGAAUGCUCAAAUUAGAAGUCUAAUUAGACUGUUUGGUCUGGGAAACGCUAAAUAUUCCCUUUCUUAAAUAACGCUCUCUAUGGCCAAUCUAGCAUUCUUCAGUAUGAGUAGGGAGCUUAAUCUCUUAGUACACCUCCACAUUUUAGUUAGAAACUCAAUGAAAUGUUAACAUUGCUUUACGCUAUCCCGCGAAUUACAAGUCAACUACUUAUCUUUAAGAUUUUGCAAGGUGUUGUUCGACUGGGUCAAGCGUAUGUUAAGCUCUGUGAGAUUGGAGAUGUGUCUUACCUCGACUGGAACAAGGAAUAUAAAUGUAAAACAAGCAUUGUGGAAAAAGACGUCAUAAAUGACAUCACCUCCCAAGCCCAGGAAUUCGAACGACGCUACUAUGCUUACAGAGUGCGCCUUCACGAACAGAGAAUGAGGUAUCGCGAGCUUAACUAUUUCACAACACAGCAAUUGUUGUUUUUGCGCAAGGAACUCGCUGCCAUUAAACGCCGGGCUAACAUAGAUUUUCUGAACUUUCAAGUCUUCGCACUUCUCGAGAAAAUUGCCCCCGGUAUUUCGCCGUCCACCUUAAAGGGUGUUUUAAUUGAAGCUGGUGUGAUGCAAGAUAGUUCGUACUCUGAUGAUAGAGUUUUAGACCAACAGUCAUUGCCUGGCAGCCAUGUGGUUGAUUAUCAUCAAACAGCGGAUGAACAAGUUGAGGUUGAAGAAAAAUUCGAACGUCUUCUCAAAAGUGUGGAGAAGUUAAAUUAUCCCGAGGCUGAACGUCUGACCUUAGCUGCCCUUGAGGAAAACUGGCAAAGCAGUGAAGCGGACCUCGUGUUUUGGUGUGUUCAAAACAAAGCCGAUGACGCUCUGAUUGAUCGUCUAUGCGAUGAGGCGAAAAAGAAUCCCUUAUUUAGAGUCAUUGUAAAAGAGGUUACAGGAUUGGAGUCGUCAGAAAGCGCAGAAGAUUCAGACGAGGAAGACGUCAGGUGUUGAUUGUUUUUUAUUAUUAUUACUAUUUAUUUACCCCAUAGCCUCAUUGAACUCCCGAGUGCUGGUUCGUUUGAUCUCACCUAUCAUAAUUUUAAAACUACAACAGCUUUCUUUUCAGAAACAUUUACAAUAUUUUUGGAAUAUCUUAGAAUCUGUGUACUCUUCUAUUAGUCUGGAAAAGUUUUCAUUUUGGGGUGGUGGGGUAUAAGUCUUGGAGUAUGAGGGUCAACGUUGUGGAAACGUUUGCAGAUUUUUCAAUGUUUUGUUACUCACAUUUUGGCAAGACAAGGACGCUUUACCCAUUAGGUUGAAACAGAGUUUAUUACGUAUUGGUUUUGUUGUGACUACUGACCUACGUCUUUACUUGUAAAAAUUAAGGAGUCAUGGUUUUCCUACUUUGCCUCACGAACAUCGUUAUCUAAAUAUGGAGGUAUUCUUUGCAAUUCUGUCAGGCUCUCGGAUUUUAAGCUCCUUACGCCUCUAUUUGUUCUUCCUUCCGGUAACUUCAGGCAAUGUAUCUGUUGUUUGUAACUCACUUUUGUCUCGAAUGGUAGCAAGUUAUUCAUCUGCGUAUUUUGCGACCCUUUAUUUUUCAUCAGCGAAUCAGGCGAUAAUGAUUAUGAAGUGGCAGGAUCGAGCACAUCAGAAGAGAUCUCGUUUGAUGAACAAAGAGGAGGUAGUUACUUAGCCCUGGAGGAAGUUGCUGUGUUCCUAUCCCAUUUGGCUUCCAAUGGUAAUUAUUCACUGCUCACUUCCAUACAAAAAGGAAACAUGGCCAAGAGGUUAGCGCGUCGGAAAUCCCAAAUCUACCACUAAUGAAUUUUUUUUUCGAUAGCCGCGAGUUAAUCUUCUUGGCCGCGUUUGUAAAUAACUACAUUAUUUGAUUUUCACCAAGUUUGAUAUAUUUCAUCUUAUUAUGUUAAUUUAUUGGUUUGAUUUUUUGUUCGUCAUUUCCUCUGCCCCAUUUACCUUUGAGCUUAGAACUCUCUGGUAGUGGGUACGAUUAUCUAUUGUUUUAUUACACAAUUAAACCUGAAUUGUUCUUCAAAAACCACGUCUUGUUUAAAUCAGAAAAAAAAUGCUCAUAUAUUUUUUAUUCUUAGAUCAAAGGACAGCAACACGACUGUAUCCCAGAUUCUUGAAAAAUGGAAGGCCCAAUCUGAUCCUGGCGCCCAAAGGUAAUAUGUAGUUUAGCACGCAAAUUAUUUUAGGUCUCAUUUUUGGAUUCAAAUGACACUGUGAUAAUGAACGCUAAACAAAUGCAAGUGAUGGUACAUCACGUGUCUGUGGGCUAUUGUCAAAUACGGCAACCAGUCAAAUUUCUAAUUCAAGUUGGACUAAAAUUAGUCCAUCAAUCGAGUUUGAUAGGGUCUUCCUGUUUUUCUUCAUGGAGUAAUUUACUAUAUAAUUACAGUUAUCCUGUUCAGGAUAUUAAUAGAUGAAAAUGGAGGGUUUGGGCUCAGAACUAGCAUUGAAGCUUCAAAAACUUCAAACCGCGCAAGUAGGUUAUGACUCUUGCUGCGGCCCCAUACUGCAAAAGCAACAUGCGGGAAGGAGCCGGCUUUCCGUAGGCCAAAUUAAGCUGCUGGCAAAAUAGAUUUUCAAGGUAUACAACAAUGUCGCACCUGAAUACCUAUGCCAUAAGUUUUUACACAUGAGGUUUACCUACGAUACUGGUGGACCCUUUUCGGCUAUAACGUUUAGUGUAGGAUUCUUUUUAUCACAGAUUUACAUUUUUUUUUCACAUUUAAAUACUAAGAUCUCUGAUGGAUAUAGUUUAUACAUUUUCACUGAGCGAAAAAAAGGAUUUGUUUAAAAUUUGUUCAGCUCAAAUAUGAUGCAAAUUUGUGCAAACUGCGGAAUAAAUCUGAGCAAAGGUGGUAAAUGCCGAAUUUGCAUACCCACCCCGUUGUAAAUAGGUAUGCAAAUUAAGCAUUUACCACCUUUGCUCAGAUUUAUUCCUCAGUUGCACAAGGUUGAAGCAAAUCUAUUUUUUUGUCCAGUGUUUAAUGGACGGCUUGUAGGUAAACCAGCGCCUGUAGCUGAGAAAACUGCUGUGUUUAUUAAGUAAAAAAUCUGUUUAAUAGAUUCCAUGUUGCCGUCUGUCUGUUCAGUAAUUGAUCACAGAUGACGUCAAAAAGUGGCAAAAAAAAAAAUGUGACACACGAGCCGCAGGCGACUGUGUCACUGAUGUUUUUACCACAUUUAGACGUCUUCUGUGAUCUAUUACUGAACAGACCCAAGGCAACAUGGAAUCUAUUUGUUCUAAACAAUGAUCAGAAAACAAAGACCAGUAAUCAUAAGCUUACCUUCCUUGUACUGCUUGACUGUUCAAGGAUUUGUGCUAGUUUAUAAUUAGCAUUUUUUAAGGUCUUUAAGUCCCAAACGCUACCUUUCGUUUCUGCUUCUUCUUUUUUUCUUUAUCUUACUUGUAUACAAUUUCUUCGGAAUGUUUUUCGACGUCUUUUCUUGCUAAAAGCAGAAUAAUGCCGAAAACAUUUUGCACAACGACUCUCUCGUAGCGAUGACACACCGUGGCAACUGUUGAAGAUUUCUCAGGGGCACCCAACGAGAAUAUAGUUCAAAACCACUUAAACAUAGCAUUGUUGAAUGUAUUUUAGUAUUUAAACGGUAGAUAUAGGCAUAUUUUUAUCCCCUAAAAAUUUUUCAUCUGUUCGGAUUUCCUAGCUGAAAGUCCAGUGAUCCGAAAAUUAUAGGGAUCAAAACUACCUUUCGAAAAUUUUAGCCAGAAAAUAGGCUCCCGAAAAUUCUAGGUGAACUUUUUAGGGUAAAAAUUAGUUUAAAAUGGGCAAGUAUACCAUUUUUUAUAUGUUCUAAAAUCCUAGAAGAGGCAUGCAAGCAAGAAAUUUACCACAAAUGUUCCGAAAAUUCUAGAUCUCAAAUCGUCUUCCGAACAGAAAUUUUUCCGAAAAUUGUCGUUGGGUGCCCCUGAUUUCUUGUGGUUUAGGCAUUCUCAAGUAGUCAAAUAGCUCUUUUCGUAUCAGUUUCUCCAUCUUUCGUCUUUGUAAAUAGCUCCUGUUAAACUUUUUUCGACACUUUCAGUUGCUUCGAUCUCACAAACAUUUUCAAAACCGCGCUCCAUUUCGAACAAAACAAAGAAAACAAGUUUCCCGUGACGUCAUCCAUGUAUCUGUACUCUGAUAGAUCAUGGGCAACGACCAACCACAGCGCGCGUAGCAUUCGCAUCCUAUUGUAUAAAUGUCUAUCUAUCUAUCUAGCUAGCUAGCUAGCUAGCUAGCUAACUAUCCAUCCAUCCGUAUCGUUCUACAUGUAUCUAUCUAAUAUACAGAUUUAGCCAGGGCUAAAAGCGAAGCUCUCGAUAACAUUUAAAGUUUGUUCAAACAAAAUAUAAAAUCGUGUAAUGCUAAGCGACGAAGGCAACGAGAACGGUGAAAAGACAACAAUAGGUCUAAUUAGUAAAAAAGCAACUUUGCACGUGCAGAACACUUUUUUUGUACAUUUCUUUGCCGUUGUUUUGCACGACUACAACGUGAAACUUCCAGAAACAUCUUAGACCCUGUUUACAUGGAGUGGGGGACCCCGGUCUAGUGGGGUAGGUUUCUUUUGUUUUCACGCUCUGGCGGACAAAAAACAAAAGAAACCUACCCCAUUAGACCGGGGUCCCCCACUCCAUGUAAACAGGCCCUUAGUUACACGUUUUUUGGAGGAAAUGUUGUACGUGUUCUCGUCCACUUUUUUUUUCACUGCCGCUCAUUUUCACCUUGCACUGGUGCAUGGCCGCUAGCAUUUCUCAUGUCACCGCCGCUACAAAAUUGUUUACGUUGUUUCUUCCAACCAAAAAAUGUCUCCUUUGUUUUUUUUCAUCUCUGGCUUUAGAUCUUUGUCGCCCUUUUUCUCGUUGAGCUUCGCUGACCUGCCACCUACUUUUCUCUUAUUCUCUGUCCUUCUCUUGCUCUGUAUUCCAAAUUUGCGGGCAUGAAAAUUAAUUGACGAUUACUUUAGACAACGCGGAUACAGAAACAAUUCCCGCUUUCCGUUUUCGUCUUUAUUGACUCUUAAGUUGAGACGCUGGUGGCUAUGCGAUUUCCCGCCAAAAUAACGUCGAGUUGCAUUUGGGUUGCCACACCUGUUGAUUGAGUUAUUUUACAUUGAUAUGCCUGUGGUGCGGACGGACGGACGGUCGGCGGGCGGUAGGUGUACGGUCACGUGAUUACCAAAUUUUCUGGGAUGGGUAGAUUUACUUACCCAUGGUGCUCCGCUGGCGAGAGCUCCGCUAAUAAUAUUCACAAAAGUGUAAUAUUCGUCACGAGUAUUUGCGGGUAUUAAUAUUAAUACGUCAUCUAUUUUCAGAAAACAUUUUUCCUGCCGUACUCAGCCUUUACAUGGAAGGUGGGGCACAAAAUCUUCCGGAUGGUAACGAAGUUCUCGUUUGCACAUCCACAACAACAGCGGAGGAGGUAAAAACGUGAAGACUACUUAUUAAUAAUAACUGAAACAUUUUUCGACGUUAUUGCUUGGUCGCUAACCCUCUAUAUUACUUCAUGAUCACAUUUGAUCCUUAUAUUUUUGUUAACCUUUCUUUUUUCCGUGUGAAGCUUCCAAAAUCCAAAGACAGAUCUUCCAGGAUUAAAUCUGUUUUAAUAAAUUUGCUUCAUUUAAUAUUACUUUAUUACAUUAAGUAAUGUUAUUACCUCAUGAUGGAUGCACUUUAAUUCAAUAAGGACAGAUAACAUAUGCCUUUUUUCAUAAUUUCCAAGAUUUAAUUUAUGGAAGUUUAUCACUUUCCCCUUAAAGCUGACAGGAAGGGCAUUUUGUACUAAAUACUAUCUUACAAUUGAGAGAAAAGUAUUUACAGGAACUGACGGAGUGAAAUUAACUAGUGCUUAUACUAUGGGAUACGUGCAUUUAUGGUUUGUAAAAGAUGAUAUCGUAACAUUUUUAGCGAGUUAAAACAAUUUCGGUCCAAUCUGGUCCAUUUAUUUUGUAGGUGGAGUUGUUAUGGCGUCGUGCAUUAACGGACCCAGAAGGAAAAUUUUACUGUCUUGUUAUGGGUGAUCUUCUGGACUAUGACGUCAGCCAGAAGGCAGUCGAUUGUCUGCACACAUUGAUGGGAGAAUAUAACAAUGAAUGUAAUAUUUCUAAAUAAUUUUUUUUUUUAAGUUGAUUAUCUUUUUUACAUAAGAUAUCUUUAUCAUUAUCAUCAACUACCACUUAUGCCCUGAGGUGUCUAGAAUUGUUAUUCCACUCUUUUUAGCCUAACGUGCUUUAUAGCCAGAGAAACGCAUGUUGCAGUUUCUAAUUAGUGCAGGUUGAUUCCAAAGCAACUAUGCCCGAACGAACCAUAAUAGGCUUUGGCUAACAGUAAAUAACGUCUCAUAUUCCGCUUCAUCCAUUCAGUUAAUUCCUUUAAUUUCUUCUUUCCUGCCAUGUUUUCCCGAAUGCUUUGCCAUGAUUCACCUUUUGCAGUCCAAUAUAAAUUCCUCUAUUAAGUUUGCUAUCGGCGGGGAAAAGCUCCCUUAAUAGAACAAUUCACUUUUACAGUUCUGUAGCAACAUUUCUCUCUUCUGCAUGUUGAGACUUUGCAUCUCAAUUGUUACUGCAAGUAACAUUUUUUUUAACCUUGGAUAAGAGUAUAGAUGUCAGUUCGUUGUCAGGAAAAACGACUGAAUUCUUUAAGGUGACAUUUCCUAGGUGCGCCUCCUUAGUAAACUUGUCUUAGUAAACAGCACAGAAUUUAUUUAUUUAUUUAUUUAUUUAUUUAUUUAUUUAUUUAUUUAUUUAUUUAACUUCGCCUAACUAGAAUACAAUCUUUAUACAUGAAUACAUAAAAAUUAUUAGGCAGGGAGACCACUACAGCCUAACCAAUUACAGUGGAUCCCUCGAAAACAGCCUUGUCGCACUCCCAAAACCCAUCGUCAACCAGUUUGUCUAGCUUUCUCUACAUUUUCCAGUGCAAGUGCUGUUCUUACUAGACGGUCUCAACUAGUACCUGUCACUUCAGUCUUGGACUGAUAUGUUGAAUAGUCAAUGCAUGAUUACUUUCAGAAACGCAAUUUUUAAUCAGCAAGCGGUCAUCAUUAUUACUCAAUAACAAUUUUUUUCUGUAACCAGAUUUUGGUCUCGUGGUCCUGUGCAGCAGUGAAAAUGAAGAACGUGCUCAAAUGGUAGCCGCCCUGGAGGAAUACAAAGUCACAGGAAUACCAAGAUAUCCAAAACCAGCGGAGCUAAGACGUUACCUUCGGGACCAGUUCACUGCACCUGAAGCACGGCAGGGUUGUUAUCACGACAAACGUGUGAUUUGGACACCAGCCUCCGACACCAUUCGCUCCGGAAAGUAGGUUUUUCGACUUCUGCUGAGUUGUUUGACAGUCACACACUCUAGACUAAGCGAUGUGUUUGGCUGAAUGAGACGUUUUGAACUAUCAUUUUUUGUACACUAACUGUGUGUGGACUUAAUCCUAAAAUCGAUUUUUAAACAAGAAGGCUUGAUCAGACCUCUCUAGUGUUCUAAAAAAUUAUUACAUCUCUUGUUUUCUUCUUGCAGCUUAAAUGUUCGCCUAGUAACCUCCACUGAUUCUGGAGUGGGUAAAAGCUUAGUCGUUCAAGGAUUAGCGGAGCAGGUGUCAAACCUUCCAAACAAUCUUCUUAUCAGUGAGGAGAUGGAAGAGCAAAAUCAAGAUCCUCUACCGGUGUGCGUAACGAUUCCCUUACACGACGAGCGUGCAGGUGUCGCUGAUAUUACUGAUUUUUUUCUUCCCCACGCCAUCCAUCCAGAUGUGCCUUUGUCCAGGAUUUUUCAUCUCGAUAGUUCUUGCAAGGUAUGCAUUUCAGUAACUGAAAAUUCAAGUACCACGGCCAGCAAGAGCUGACUGAGGGACUGAUCAUGACUUAGUGAGCUACGAGUUAACGACAAACUUGGUGGAAAGUAAACAGCUGAUUACUAAUGUUGAUACGAUUAACUGACUGACUGCCUUGCACUUUUUAUUCAAAGUAUUUGCAUUUAUAAUUGAUAAAAAAUCAUCGGACGAAGAUGGGAAUUGAAACACUCAACGAUUAUUUGAUCUGAUCAUUCAGUUUACUUUUGUAAUCGGCUUAAAAUCUGCGACUAUGUUCUUAAGCUAUUCGAAACUCAAUAAAUCUUAUACCAGUCGAAGAUCUUUUUUGAUUGAUGCGGCACUACCCGAUUUUCAGGUUAUACCAGAUCUUGACACACUGCUGUUUAACUUGCUCAUCCUGGGUGAACUAACUGAUAAUCGUGGGCGUGUGUGGAGACGAAACCCCUAUGAUUUUUACAUCCUGGAAAUAACUUAUACGCCACCUCAGGUAUGUUAUUGAGAUUGCCUAUAUCAUCCCACUUGGCUUUGCUGCACUUAUUUUCUCUUAAUGUGAAGGAAAUAACCAGUUUUAUAUCGAAUAAUAAAAGCUAAGCAUUUGUUUUUAAUUCAAUCCCUAUCAUAAUAAUAAUCCAAGAUUAAAUGAUUUUUAUCUGUUUGUUUGUUAGAACGAAGACAAAACAAGCUGCAGGUUUUUCGAACUUUUCCCAACCAUUACGUGCUUACGCCCAGCGAAGAUACUCAAAAGGAAAGGUAACUCACAACCACUUUCAGUAAAUAAAUCAACAAUCCUAUGCCUAGGCCAAACGUCGAACUUUUCAUGAGAAGAACCAAGCUCUUAUUUGUGUCAGACGUCAAACUUGAUUACGACGCGUCGAACCAAUCAACUAAAUCAGAUCAGAAAUAAAUUUUCUCCCGAACGAGGCUAAAUAUACUUCCCGUUAUCGUACAAAACUUGAAUUUAUUAGUUAAAUUCGUCGCAUGUGAAGAUCAAUGUUUGUCCCGGAGACAAACUUCAGAUGUUCUGCCAGUCUGAAGCAGAAGGAUAGAACGUGUUGGACGAUCCAAACUCAUUCAGACGAACUUUUAAAAAUCUUUAUCCACGGUAAAAUUCAUUCAGGUACAAGACAAAAGAGUGAAUCUAUUUACACCUAGUUACUUAUAAGUUAGUUACAAGUCAAAAUUUACAUUUGAAUCUAAAUCGUAAAUACAUUCCGUCAUCGUUAAAGUAUAAGGAUUUGUUUCAGAUCGACUAGUAAAUCUGGAACAAUACUCAGGAGCAAGGCCAUUCAGAGAUUUGGAAAUCAUUAAGGCUUUUUGAAUGUCAUGCUGCGUACUAGGAUUUUUCUAGUUUAGGUUAUCCAGCAGUUGUGAUGCGUCAGCAUCAUAAUUUGAGAAGGUCAGGACCCGGGCUGCACGAUUUCAGUUGUAGUUUUUGAAGUUUAUCCGAUACUUUUUUUACCACAGAAUUAAGGGUUUGUAAAUAAGAUGGGAGGGGGACCAAAUUGAGCCAGACGUCGAACUUUUCAUGAACUUAAAUCACUACUUUGGCUCAUCUCAUGAAACGUUCGAAGUUUGGCCUAGGCCUUAAUGUAUAUUUGCAUCAAUGGCCUCUGAAGCUUUGUGAAAACGUAUAGGCUUGCUAUCUCGGGCUAAGGAGCUCCACUCCCUUAUGAUAGAUAAGCGAUGUGGGAUAUAAGGCAGAUACAACAUGACUUGAGUAACUGUAUUGCUUAAGAGAUUUAUUGAGACGACUUGACCGUAAAGAUUUAAGAGGUGAAAAAGUAUUCAAAACACUGUUUCCAAUUGAUUUACCACUAACACGAGUUUGUUCGAGAUGGUGGAAAGUAAACUCCAUUCUAGCUUUUUGUUAGGAUUUUUCCAGAAAGUCGCUUUGGCACAUACAUGAAUGAAAGAUAAAUUAUGAAGAAAGACAAACAAAACCAUUUUUUGCGAAAGGCAAACAAUGUAAAAAAGCAAUUGAAAAAAAUAACCGUUAACCGUCAAAGCUACCACACCAUCAAGACCCUCUAACUAUUGUUGUUUUCUGUUAACAAAUAAUACUUCUUUAAGGCUCAGUAAAUGACAUGUCUUUUGUAUUAUGUUUAGUACCAAAUGAAAGUCCUCUCUUUGAUGAUGAAGAGUUUAGGAGUGAGGCAAUUCAGCGCGUGUGGCAGUAUCUUAGACGAUUUAAUGAGGAUCCUGGUAAAAUAAAGGACUUUGAAUUUGUUCCUCAAAGAACGGAAGGCAAUCCAAUGGAAUGUUUAGAGGAGUUAAUAAGGUUGUUAUGAUUUUUACGUAAUUUUUUCGCGACCUGCUUAUUCACACAAAAUCUUUUGUUUAAUAAGUUAUGAGGGCUGAAUGGUAAAAAUGCCAACACUUUUUAUUAUGAAUUAAUUAUUCUGCACAUUUUUUUGUUUUCGUUAGUAGACUUCAUCUUUUCCUAAAUUUUUAUACCAGGACAGAAUCGCCCUUGACUCUUGCGUUUAACAAAUAACCGAAUGAUUUAGUAUCCUUAGAAUGACCCCAGGGCAUUUUGUAGCUCUCUCAUGCCACUGUGUAACAUGUACCCCUAAAAUGCCUGUUUAUUCGGUCUCAAGACAUUCAUUAUAAUCAUUUUGACGUUUUAUCUCUUGCUGUCCAUAGGAAUUGUGGCGUUCAUAACCCAUCAUGGUUCGAGCUGCGGCAAUUUGUUAACUUUCUUAAUCACCAACUUCUGGACUGCGAGAAAAGUGUGUACUGUAAACCAGAAUUUACUGAGGACACUUUGGAAGGUUUUCGAAUUUUUGUAGUGAGAUUUAUGAUUAUUAUGUCAAAGGUGAGAGUAAUUGUAAUGUGCUUUACAAUAGGAGUCGAGUUAACCGUAGUUGCAAUGUAGUAGAGGAGACUGGUCAGGAAUGCCGGCAAACAUCAAAGUUGAAAACAGCAUUGCUGUAGUUUAUGUAGCCUGUGUAGCUGGCGAUAUUGUGUAGCAGUAAAAUGAGAUUUGGCGGCGAAGCCAAAAAACUUUUUAUCGCGCACCGAGAUAAUACCGCUAGCUACGCAGGCUAGUUUAUGUUGGAAGCUCCCUGAUCGUGCACAACCCUGUUAUUUGUCACAUAUUGUGACUGAAUUAAUUAAUGCAAAGUUUCUGUUAGUCAGUAAGUUCAAAAUGAAAGGACUACUAUUGAAUGCUGUACAAGGCCAUAUAACAAAGGAGUCUAACGGCGGGUUUCCAAACCAUCCCACUUUAACUAUGAAUUAACCUACUCGGCCUAUGACCUUCUAGUUACUUGUCCAGAUGCUCCACAAGGAAGCUACAGGAGACUUGGAGGAGCUAGCAGUAUGCAUGACCCUAGUUUAGUGGCCUUAGCUCCCACAAGUCUCCUGAAGCCCAGUCGUAGAACGUCUGGAUUAGUUAAGCAGAACGUCAUAGCUUCGACUCUUAUUGGUAGUACUCGCAUAGCUUCCUGUGUCACUGACUGAAUAAACAUCGUUCUCAGCAAAAGAAUUAGUAAACAAAUAAGAAAAAAAAAACAGAAGUAAAUGGCUUUGAGUUAAGUGUACGGAGAUCAGAGGGGACAGGGGGAUCGCUUAACUCAAUAUACUUUAAUAUCAAAAGACUGGCACACAGGCUAAUGAUAGAAAAGCGUUCAAUUAACUAUUAAAUCCCAUGCGAUUUGUAUUCUCCUAUCCCAAUCCCUAGCAUGGCAACUACUCAGGGUUCACCCUCAAAGGGCAUCUUUUCUUGUUCUGCUAGGAUUUUUCCAUGCGGUCAUUAAAAGAAACAGAUGAAACAGGCAUGCAGCAGACAGAUGAUGAAAGUGACAUUCGUCCGCUGCAGCUACGACGGUCCUGGGAACAAAGGUACUACUACGUCUUCUAUUAACUGUUGUAAGAAAAAUCCCAUUUCCGGAGGUGAACGAAAGUACUUUUUUGAUUAUUGAAAUAACGCUGUGAAAGAUAUUUAUUACUGAAGACGCCUACCACUGAAAUUCAUUCUUAUUUUGUUUGCAGUACUCAUCCGUAUCUUUUUUUCAAUCCGGAUCAUGAGACGCUUUCUUUUCUUGGAUUCAAAGUUGAUGAAGAUGGAAAUGCUGAGUUCUUGGACCCUCAAACUGGAGAAAUUGUUCAAAAACGUUUAAUGCCACGACGUCUUCGCACGGGACUUCAUGUUCAAAAAGUGGACCUGAACCACGACUUUGAGAGCAAGAAUAAGUAAGUAUGUGACGGCCCAGGCACACGAUUCUCAAUUAUAUGGAUAUUUCCAAAAACAAUGACUUGCAUGAUCCCUCCGGUUUUUGCAUCAGUGAAGUAAUUAAGAGGCAUUGACUAUUGAGGUAUGCAUUAGUGGUCUAAAAGUAAUAAUUUCUUUUCCUUUCUAUUAACAACGCUACAAUCGCUAACGAAAUAAAGUGUAUCGUAUAACUGACCUUAUGGUGCACCCGAUCCCAGCUUGCAAGAAAUCUUAUUAUCAAGAAAAUAGGAUACUGACAAAGUAUUUAAACCCAGUCAGCAAAAACGGUUCGCAUACCCUGUUUGCAACGGGUUCUUGUUUGCAGAUAUGACUUGACCGCUAACUGUUUGUUUCUAGACGUGAAAUAAUGGAAACGUUGUGUAAGGUCAUGGGUCUAGAGUGGGGGAUGAUUGAUCCUGAUAAAUCUUAUGAGCUGACUGGAGACAACGCUAAGAAAAUUCUUGCCAUACACAUGAGAUUCAGAUGUGACAUCCCUGUAAUCAUCAUGGGCGAAACAGGUUGUGGAAAGACACGCCUUAUUCGUUACAUGUGUGGUCUUCAGACAGGUGGGAUGAAAUGCAAAAACCUGCUGUUGAUGAAGGUAAUAGAUUAUACUCUAACUAGGAAAUAAACUUAAGCGCAAAAGAAACUAAGAAAUUAGCAUUAAUGUGAAUAAAAGACGACAGGAUUGUGGGACAAAGAACAGCUCACCCGGAUGUUAUUCAGAACCAUUCUUACACUCCAAGCACUGACUUACACUAGAGGGAAAAUCAUGUGGACCUAAGCCAUUUUUCGGGUGUUGUUUGAAAUGCUUCCUGCUGAAUAUUGCUAUGUUAACAAUUUAGAAUGCGCUUGUUUGGUGAUAAACGUCGGUGGGAAAUUUGGAAAGCUUUGGCACCUUUGAUAUUUGAUACCUUUGUGAAAGAGGUCAUGAAUGUAUUAUGACCGGUGAAGGAAUGUGAACAUGGACUUUAACAAUAACUAAGAAGUUACUCACUCGUUACCGGAUUAGUCCCUGCAAUUGUCUUUAAGCUUGUAGACACUGGAAAAGAGUUUAUCUGUUAGAUAUUCCCCGUUUAAGGAAUAACAGAAGAGUGAGGAUAAAUCCGAUAGUUUCACAAUAGCUGGAGCGCCAGUACGGUGUCUGGGAGAAAAUGCACUCGAAUCCUGUCACAGACCCACGUUAUGAGGUUAAGUUUCGCUAUCUAAUUGGUCCGUGGAUAAUAAAACUUAGUGUGGCAGUUUUUAUACUUUCUUUACUUAACGACUUACGUCGUAACCUGUGAAUCACCUGUACCGCUUGCAACGACCGGUGCAAGAAUCAUGAAGCAGAGUGCGUCUUGUCCUUACAUAGUCGCCCUAUUCGACGUUUUGUUAAAGAUAUUGAAAGUUAAAAUCCCUCUAUAUGAUAGGCUUUGUAUGCAAUAUAUCGUUCUGACGGAUGUUUGAAAUAUUCUUUUUUAAAGAUUCAUGGUGGGACAACUUUUAAAGACAUAGAGAGAAAUGUUGUUCACGCAGAGGAGAUGGCCGUACGCAACGCACAACUUGGCUUUGACACCGUUUUGUUUUUUGACGAGGCUAACACCACUGAAGCUUUGGGUAUGAUCAAGGAAAUCAUGAUCGAUCGGAGAUGCAAUGGGCGUCCACUUUCUUUGAAGAGUAACCGUCUGAAAUUCAUUGUUGCUUGCAACCCAUAUCGAAAGUGAGUUUUCCGCUUGUAUAUUUACAGAAUACAUAUACGUGCAUAAAGGGAAGUAUCAUUGCUCUAUAUUGGGUCUUGGUGAAUGCUUAGUAAUGGUAACCGCCUUAAAUUAAAGCCAGCGUAGACUUGCCUUCAAAAUGUUUACCUCAUAAUGUUAAAUAAGCUACAGCAAUUUGGGUUUGUUAUUAGCCUUAGUUUUAAGCCUGUUAUAAAACAGGAGUAAACGUUUUAGUUAAAAUUAUAAACACCUCUUCUAAUACUAGGCAUACCGAUGAAAUGAUAAAGAAACUGGAGUCAGCAGGACUGGGAUAUCGCGUUAGAGCUGAUGAAACAACAGAACGUAUUGGUAAGGUUGAUCAUUUGUUUGCGAUGAUGCUGAUGAUGUUAGAGCAUUUUAGGCUAGAAAAUGUUCAGUGUUCUAUCUCGAUCUUUUUUUCUUAUUUAACACGAUUAAUAGCUUUUUAAUGUACAGGACAGUGGAAUAAAACGAGGGCACCCUGCCUCUUCUUAAAGUGUGUGUCCUUUUUUCUAUCAUUAUUUUCAAAAACUAUGAAUGUUUCUGAAACUCUGAAACCUAGGGCCUAUUAGUUUGUUUGGGCUUAAAUCGUUUGGUGAAGUGAUUUAAAAUUGACCCAUCCUGCAAAUGAUGUAAGAAAACUGGACCGUUAUAUCUUACAAAACCCUUUCGCCACCUUUGAUUUGGCAUUAUUAUGCGUAGCAGGCGAUGAGCUGUAAAAAACUAGAGGAUCACAUUGACUUCUCUUACAUUUUAAACACUAAAAGGUGAAAUUCCCUUGCGUCAGCUGGUGUAUCGAGUUCACGCACUGCCAGAGAGCAUGCGAAGUCUUGUCUGGGAUUUUGGGCGCUUACAGCCAGACGUGGAAGAGAAGUACAUUUGUCAGAUUGUAAAACGUUAUGUAAGUACACGAUAAGUAAUGGUAACAGGACUGAGUGGAGUCCAAUUCGGUCUGUAAUCAUACGAAUGAUUAACAAAAUCGGACGACCGCGUAGCGGGAGUCCGAUUUGUUUAAUCACGAGUAUGAUUACAGACUGAAUUGGACGACACGAAGUUCUGUUACCAAUUAAUCAUAACUUUAACAAAAUUUGUGAUACAAUAGGCUAUUUUUUAAACCAAAACACAAGAAAAUCGAAAUUUUGUUUUGCUAGCAGUGAAAAAAAAGCCAUUUAAGCGCGCACGUGAUGGCGCGUACUGUCCAAUUACUUAAGCAUGACGAGUACUGUCCUAUUAAACUGUCCAAUUAAGGCUGAAAUCAGGGCAGUUGAGAGCCAAUCAGAUUUGACAAUUUUGUUAUUGUUAUGAUUAAUGGUGAAAAUAGUGGCUAUCGAUGAGAUUGCACAUUACAAUCAACAUCAUAAAAUGCAUGACAUCAACAGUUUCUAAAUUUAUUUGAAUUACGUUUCUACAGGUACUAGAGGAACAGCACUUUCAGGGAGACGACGAUUUGGUCGAAACUAUAGCAAGGAUCUUGUCAGUGUCACAGCAGUUCAUGGGAAAGAGAAAGGUGGAGCAAACCUUUUUAAAAUGUAACAUUAGAAUUUGUUCGUUCGUAUAAGCGAACGUUAGAGACUAUGCAUGUUAUUCCUGUGGUACCUGUCUUAUCGUUGCAUUGACUGAUCGAAAACUUUGAAAAAAUUGAUUUCUUCCUUAUUUCAGUGUCCUUUUAAUUGCCCCCGCAGGGAUUUCACCCAGAAGGCGAAAUCCCGGAGGCACUCUAGUAACUCGCGCUUAUAAUUAUUAAGGAAAGUACUUACAGUUGAAAUAUACAGUCAGUAUGUCAGGAAAAAACUCGAUUUGCUUGAACAGGGGCCGCGAGGAAUCGGUAGGUAAUGAUGACGUUUCUAUUGUUUGCGCUCGCAAGUGCGAAAUGGUUAGGAUGACGUAAAGACAGAAAAUCCCGAAGGGAAUAGGUAGAUUUUGUGACACUCAGUCAUACUUCGAUACUCUUUUGUGUUACGUGUUAUCAGUGACAUUCUGUGGAGUCGUUGUUUUGCAAGUUAUGGACCAAAAGACACUCGUUAAGCGCAGAUGAAGUUAUAAGGUGCGCAUAACUGUGCCUAUAUAAACACUUCGAGAGUUUGUCAGACACGAGUUCACAAGUCUUUGAUUGGAAACCUUGCCAGACACUCUGUCUUUGACCGGAAUAAGACUCAGCCCCAAACAAGCAAGACGAGUGAACAACGUCUAGCUUAUCACUAGCAGAACGAUGGACGAUUACAAAACUUAGCCGACAACCAAAUUCUGUGCUGACUUAUUCCCUGCUCAGAUGUGCUUCCGCUAUAAAGUUUAAAAUAAGACUAAGCUAGAAUGCGCGAGCGUGAAUUAAUCAAACGUCCUUUUAAUUUCUAAGGCUUACUUUCCGGCAAAUAAAAUGAACUGAAUGUAAAAAGUGAAAGAGAAAUAGCGAAAAAUUAAACUUCUAAUUAAAUCUUUUCUUAUUGUUUAGAAUAAACUAUUCUCGAAACUAAGAAUUUUUUGAUCAAAGCUGUGUAACUGGAAAUGAAACUGUGCAUGGAACCUUGCGUUUCCUGUAUUUAUCUCACUUGUUGUAUGUAUGGAAUAUGUGUAAAAAUCUUCAUUAUGAAUCGGUAUAUUUCAAAGAGCUACACAACGAGCAAGAAUACUAUUGACCGACAAUGUACAUAGUGGGGGCAGCUGUAGUGUCAACUACUACUAGCUUAAUUUUAUUUUCAUUUUCACAUUUGUGUCUUCAUUAUAGGAUGAAUGCAGUUUCGUCAGCCUUAGAGAUGUGAAACGAGCUAUGGAGGUCAUGGUCUGGUUUCAUAAACACUACAAAUAUUUUGCGCCUUUACUGCAAAGCGAAGAACAGGAAAGUAUAGAAAGAAGAGAGAGUGAACAAGACGAGGACGAUAAAGAAGAAACUUCAAAUGUCCAUUCCUUUAGGAAAAAAGUAGAGCUUUUUGAUGAAAUGCACGUGCCUCAAGAAAAGCUUUCUGAUUCCCGUAUCCCAUUUCCUGACGACGAAUUAUUGUUUGUAAAUGGAACAUCCGCGUCAGAAGAAAGACAUUCCGAAUCUGGUGUCUCGCUGCCUGUGGAAGAAAUGGGUGAUUCGGCGAAUUUCACUGAGGUGAUAAAACCGGUUAACGUUGCAUUGCACUAGUGCAAGUGGGUUGGGGUCCUAUUUAAAGUACACCACGAGGAAAUAGCCCAAGUCAUUCGCAAAUUGGAAAUAAUAAAAAGGAAUAAAAAAUAACAUAACUUAAGCCCUUAGCGAAUCGCGAGACACGCAUAAGCGCGAAGGCCAGUGCGAGAUCGUUCACUUGUCCAAGUUACAUCGUCCUUCCCUUUGCAUGCACAGCCAUUAGCCUGGUACAUUGCUCAAACCACCUUGUUUAAGAAGUAGUAAUAGUAUCGGAUUUUCAAUAUUAGAAAUGGGUUCAUGCCUGCUUCCUCGAUGAGUAUCUCACAUUAUAUUGUGUGGAUAUUGUUCUCUGGAGUAUGGGGAAAGAUUUUGGUUGUUUUUGCAGCGAAUAGCCAUGGUUAUGCAUGCGUCUCAUUUUCUUAUUUAUUACAACCCCAGGAGACACUUGGAGAUGACCUCGACCCAAUCACUUGGUCACUAAUUCUGGCUCUUGGAGUUUGUUACCAAGCGCGGUUACAAAACCGAGACGAAUAUCGACAGGAAGUGGCAAAAGUAUUCAGUCCUCCAUGCAGGCUUCCUGGCGGCCCAGACAGAAUAGAGACAGAGAUCACUCGGUUAGGUUUUUCAGUACCUUGACGCUCAGACUGACUUUAUUUUCAUGGUAGCAUUGUUUGUUUAAGCUCAGCUUACUCACAAAAUAACAACUUUAGAUUGCUGAAAGCUGUUGUAAAACUUUCAGUUGCAAUUAACAACGCAGUUUACUUACCUAUUUCUAAACUACUCGAAGAAAAUCAAAAGCCCGAAGAAUUUUUUCAAGUUCCUCUUGACUGUGGCAACGUCUUCACUGUAAUUUACAUGAGAUAAGGUACCACCUUAGUUUUUACUUCGUCUUCCUAAAUUUUAUCAGUUUAAGAUUAAGAAAUGUAAAAAACUCAUGAUGUCGGACUGAACUCAAUUUACCAACGGAUAGGCCAGUUAAACUAGAUGAAAUGAAGUUUUGGCAAAGUCGUUUUACCAAGUCGUCGGAAUAACUGGUGAAAGUUUCAGGGAUAGAAUUAAUUUAUUCCCAUUUUCUGUGUUACCAAUUGUUCCCAUCAAUGAUAUUCGAUGUACUGAGUAAACCCCUAGCACAUACCAAAAUUUCUCAGGUCAUUCGCUCUAAAGGAGGGUGGAGCUCGAUACGUCUGCUUUUGAAUAAAUAUAAUUAGUGAUUAAUUGACUGAGAGUAAAAGCAGACUUGAAUUUCAUGUCCUCUCUUUCAUGUAGUGUGAUUGCUAAUCCUACCGUGAAUGCCAGAGAUCUCGCUUACAAGCGGCGAGUUAAGAGGCGUAAACAGCGAAUUACUGAAGUGCUGCUCAAUCACGUCGUCAAAAAGAAAAGAGAAAAAAGAAAACGUCUGGCACUCAGGGUAUUCGAUUGGACACAUAUAGUGGCAAGCUCCCAUAUGACUUGAUAGCUCAUUUUGACAAUAUUUUCCUUUGUAAAGCUGUCAACAAGCUGUAAUGAAGAAACUCAAGCUUGGCCCUAACAUUGCCCGCAACACAGCAUUAAGCGAGAACGUGUUCAUGAUGUUGGUGUGCAUUGAACUGAGAAUUCCACUGUUUGUAGUUGGUAAACCAGGCAGUUCCAAAUCUUUAGCAAAGACUGUUGUGGCUGAUAACAUGCAAGGUGAACAAUCAACAUCAGAGCUCUUUAAAAAUUUUAAACAGGUGAGUCAGAAAUUUGGUAGUCCUGCCAGAUUUGUUAGUCUUCACAGUUUCAUUCAAUUAGGUAUAAUACAACCGAGUAUACUACAGUAUAUAAACAUAACAGACCCUCCACGGUUUGAUAGAGACCAGGCCCCAGUUAUUCAAAAGCUGGAUAGGGCUAUCCACCGGAUAAAAAUCUAUCCAGUGGAUAAUGCAAUUGAUCUUCGCACUACUCAUCGGCUGGAACGGCGAUUUAUCCAGUGGAUAGCGUAAUCCAACGUUUGAACAACUAGGGCCACUAGGCGAAUUGUCAUCGUCUCCACCGGAAAGAGCUUCUUAAAACUAGUCAACGUACGAAGUAUUGAGGUGAUACGUCCAAAGCAAAGAAGAUGUUACUUCACAAGGUCGCUAAUCUUUACUGGGGUUAUUUUAGGGGGAGCACGAACUUGCCCCUUUUGUAAACUUUUUGCAAAGUUAUAUCUUCGUUAAUUUUUAACAAAUCACUUUCAAACUUUGUACGUUUACUGCAGUGAUUUUAAGGCGUUCUGACAGGUGUUUCCUUACUCGUCCCAAUCAAAAGUUGAAAAAGCACUAGACACAAAACUAACUGCAGUUACUAGCAUGGUGAACCACACGAGGACUGAUUUGUGUUUCCGUCGUUGAAAACAGAUUCAGCUGAUUUCGUAUCAGUGCAGUCCUCAGUCUACCCCUGAAGGUAUAAUGGCAACCUUCCAACAAUGCAGCGAACUUCAAGACCGCAAACGGGCAGAGACAUUUUCCGACAAGUUUGCCUCCGUGGUAGUGCUCGAUGAGGUAGGACUUGCAGAGGAUUCUCCAAAAAUGCCCCUCAAGACGCUACAUCCUCUAUUGGAGGACAGCGAUAAAACUAAUGAUGACGUCAUUGAAACUGAAGAAAGUUUUUCUCGCGUUGCUUUCAUUGGCCUAUCAAACUGGGCAUUGGACCCUGCCAAGAUGAACCGAGGAAUUAUGCUGUCUCGUGGUGAACCUUGUGAAGAUGAACUUGAAGAAACUGCCAGGUAUUCUUCUGUGUAAAAAGAUUACUAUGAGAUAAAAAGAGGUAAUGCGUUAGAAGGGAGGAAGUGUGUUCUGAAAAGAACCACAUUGGUACAUGAGCAAUAACCUUUUUAAAGGUGUUAGGGAUCUUUUGUGGAUGAUGAGUAUAAGGUCCACAGUGAAUGAAGCAAAGAAGCGGAGAUGCCUAUUUCCCCUUCGUAAACGGUCGUUGCCAUUUUAACGGUCGAUGCCACCAUUGGUAACCAAGCCUUUAGUCAUGAUGGAUGUAAUAUAUUCCCUGGAUUAAGUUGCAAUAAGGCACGUUUUUGAAUAGUCUUAGAAAGACCGAAGUUGAAGCCCAAGUUGAAUUUACGCUAAAAAUUACGGAAAGGGCUAGGGUCACCUGUUAUUAAUAUAACAUUUUAAGAGAGACAGUUUGCUAUUGUAUGUACAUAAUUUUUUCGGAAUUUUGGCGGGUCGGUGUGGUAGUGUAGUGGUAAGGGAGAAAGACUAGGAUACGAAAGGUCCGAGUUGGAGGCCCAUGUUCGACCCUGGGUUGCGACUUUCUUUAUUUUUAAUAGAAACGCUUUCAAUAACGGGUCAAAACUUUUCUAAGUAUCUUAACGACCGUUUACGAAAUGGACAUCUGAAGCGGAGAUAUAAGACCCGACCUAAUAUGUGUUUGAUUGACAUGAACGAAUGAAGCAGACAGUUAAAGAUCUGGGCCGAGUUGUUCAAAGCUGCGUUAAGAUAACCCAGGGUUAGUGCGAGAUUUGAAUUCAGAUUUGAAAGCUUAAAAAGCGUUUCAGUUUGAAUUCUUUUCGUCUAUAAGUUGAUGAUUGGAAGCUCUAAAAAUAACAGAGAAAAUUAUCCAAGAAAAUGCUUUUGAAUACAAGAAAAAGAAACCCUGGUUAAGCGCUAAUCGGCCUUCGAACAACUGGGCCCAGGGAUCACUUUAAAGACAAAAAUAUUUUUUCCAGGAGUAAGAUAACAAAGCCAAAAAGUACACCAAUAUUGUCUUUCAAACAUUGCCCGAUUUCAGUCAGGUUUUUAGUUUUUAGCAAUAUCUCAUGAUGAUUUUGGGGAUGUUCACAGCAUUAUUAUUUUAUGUAUUGUUUUUUAACUUUGUAGAGGGAUUUGUGGUAGUGAUUCCGAAAUUAUGCCGUGGUUGGAGGAUUUGAUACCUCCUUUAGUCACCGCCUACAGUGACCUCUACCAAAGACAGAAAAACAUAGCAAGAUUGCAGCAUGGAAAGAAAGACGAGUUUUUCGGUCUUAGAGACUUCUACAGGUGUGUUGUUAAGCUUUAGUUAAAUAUCUUAUUGAUGCUGAUCAAGUUUGUAAAGAUUGUGGUCUGUCUGUUUUGAUCGUGAUCCGCCAGUAGUCAAACAAACUGUUUUGUUAUGCCUUAAACAGUGUAAGUAAGGAUUUUCCCCGAAACCCACCUGACUCUAAGGGGAGAUUUUAUUUCUAUACCUCGUUGAUAAUCAUUUUGGUUGUUAUUGUAAACAUUUAUUAAAUAUUUUUGUCUUUUAUAUUUUUAGCCUUGUGAAGAUGGUCUUCCACAUUGCAAAGAAACAGAGACGUUCUCCAAACUGGCAAGAGCUUGAAGAUGCAAUUAAAAGAAAUUUUGGUGGAUUACUGGAGGAGGAUUUUGUCCCCGUGAAAAUUAUUAAGCAGCACCUUGGUUUUCCACCCGAAUUUCUUCAGGUUAGACUAACAUUUUUAAACAUUGCAAAUAAAAGCAGCGCGAGAAAACAAACAAUCAUAUCACAAUCAUGGCUUUCUAAGCAGCUUGAUUGAUUGGCUAUCCUUUUCACUUUACUAAAGGCGUUUUUUUUUGUUUAACCUCAGUCCAUAAAUUGACUUGCUUCAACCCCUCUACAACGGCCACUUGUUGUGGAGAGGUUCAACUGUGUGUGUGAUAGUAGGAGUACGUAAACAAAAUAAUCCGACGAGGGUCAAAACGGGCUCGUCGUUGUCAAAGGAAUGUUUUGAAUUAAGAGAGAAUUAGCUAAGAGAGCGAAUCCCUGUGCCCGAUGAUAAUUUUUUUCUAUCUAUUUAAAGUUCGCGCGCGUGCUGCGAAGGUUUUUGUCUGUUGGUUGCGUGACCUGCGUUGUCUACUUUCACGUGAACGGUACAUGUUUCGCCGCCAAAAAUUUGAAGUUUGACAGCCAUUAUUUAGAGCCAGGAGCCGAUACUUAUCGGCACGUGUUGUUGACAUGUUUUUGAUCAGCGCUUUCCGCUCAUAAUUUAGGAAUGAAUUUCAUUUACAAUAGGAUUGCAGUAUUGGAGUCAAACUUCAACUUUGAGGUUUAAGAUUGAGAUUUUCUAACGACUGGUAGCCCCAUUUAAAGGAACGAAUAUUGAAUUCUGACACACUGUAAAAGCCAAAGGCAAAGAUUAUCACGCGCGAAAUACGAAACCUUUAAUAAGUGGCUGGCUUUAAUUGUUUAUGCAAAUGUGCAAGAUAUUUUUUCUCUUUUUCCAGGAAUACUUUUCCCUCAGAAACAGUGCAUUUGCGUUAAAGAAUUAUUCUUGAGAGUUUCAAAUUGCAUUACUUCCUUUUAACGUCUAAUACUUGCGAUGAAUAUUUCGCUGUGCUAACAUAAAUCAGGUCAGAGGCUUCAAGCCGUUAAACAGUCGCUAACCUGGGUGCCAGAGACUUUUGAUGCGCGGUUUCCGGUUUCGGUCAAUUCUUUGUAGUGAGCAGUGUGCCCACAUUUGUCUAGCGCCCUCUCAAAAUUCAAAUGUUUGGAGGCUGAACAUUCAUGUUUGAACUCACGUUGAACCUAUUUUCUCGUUACGUGUCCACGAUUGGAUCCAAUCGACGGUAGCACAGCUCGCGGGUGUGCGUGGAUGUCGCCGGAAGAGUCUCGCAAGUGCUGCUGUUGUCUGUGCAAUUCUGGACAGUACUUCAGGCUUGGAACCCUGAUCUGUGACGACUGCGCCCAGAUACUUGAAGCUGUCAACCUCGUCCAAUUUUUCACCGUUGAUUCUCAUGUCAAUGCUGAUACCAUUCGCGUUAUUUGGUCAUCAGUUUGGUCUUCUCUGCACUGAUUUCCAUGCCAAAGGCUGCAGAGGUCUUAUCCAGGCGAUCCACCAGGGAGGCUAGUUCCUCCUCUUUUCCUGCCAGGCCGUCAAUGUCAUUAGCAAAACGUAAGUUGGUAAUUGUUCUGCCUCCGAUGCUGACUGUUCCUUGGUGAUCUUCUAGUGCGUCAGUCAUAAUUCUCUCCAGAAAGAUGUUGAAAAGAUUUAGUGAGAGUAGACACCCUUGUCUGACUCCGACUGUGGUUCUGAACCAGUCUCCUAUGUCACCAUUAAGGUAGACUGCACUAGUGGCCUUUUUGUAGAGGUUUUCAAUGACUUGGAUCAGUUUGGCGUUGAUGUUAUAAAGCCUCAUAGUAGACCAAAGGGAUUUAUGCCAUUCUCUGUCGAACGCCUUUUUAAAAUCAAUAAAGACGUGGUAGAGGUCUUGUUGAUGUCGGAGGUAACUCUCGCACAGUAUCCUGAGAUUGAAGAUCUGUUCUGUAGUACUGCGACCUGAUCGGAAACCUGCCUGUUCUUCUGCGAUCAUUGAUUCUGCCUGAGGCUUCAGCCUAUUUAACAGCAGCUUCAGCAGGACUUUACUUGGGUGGCAUAUAAGGCUGACUGUGGGGUAGUUCUUACACUGUUGAAGGUUGAUGAUAAGAGACUGGGUCCAUGGUAUGGGCCACUCUCCUGUUUGCCAAAUCUUAUUGCAGAUUUUAUGCAAGGCACUUAUCACAGCAUCUCCUCCUGCCUGUACCAGCUCUCCCGGGGUAUUGUCUAUCCCUGGAGAUUUUCCCUUCUUGAGCGAUUUUACAGCUGCUUCGACCUCUUCCCGCAGGAUUGGGUAGUUUUCAGUGUCGGUAACUAGUAGGACAGUCAACACCUCAGGAUCACCUACGACUGUGUGGCUGUACAAUUUCACACAGUAUUCUGUCCACCUGUUUUAGAAUGUCGUUGGUUUCAGUGAGGCAAUUCCCGUCUUUGUCCUGUAUGGUGUUGGUUUUUCCUUGUUUUGUGCUAGUUAGAGUUUUAACUAGCUGAUAUGCUUUCUUGCUAUCGUUCCUCCUGAUAUUAUCUUCAAUAUCUUGCCACUGAAUAUCAAUCCAAGACUCUUUUGCCUUUUUAUGCUCUUCUUAAUUUCCCGGUUAAUUGCUCUGCACUUUCUGGUCCCUUCUGCUGUCUCGUCUCUCCCCUUCUUCAGUGCUCUUCGUUCGUCGUAUAGAUCCAGUAGGCUAGCUGUGAACCACGGUCUUUUGACUGCUCUGCGUUUGCCUACGAUUUCACUAGCUCAUUCAGUAAAUGCUUUAUUGAAGGAGUUCACGAGUGUGUCCACUUCUGUGUCAUAUGCAUUGAGCUAGUUGAGUGGUGUGGUGCAAAUUUACCACCAAUCACUGCUUGGAAGGCAUCUGAAACUUGAGGGUCUUUGAGCUUCUUAAGAUCGAACUUAAUCCUUGUGGGGCCUGCAUUUUUAUCUUCUUUAAACGUAGCCGAAAAGACAUCAUCACCUAAUUAUGGUCGCUUCUUAUGUCAACUCCUGGGAAGCUUCUUGUCUUAGCGGUGUUUACACUGGUCAUGAAGCGCCUCCUAACCAUGAUAUAAUCAAUCUGGUCUUGGUAUCCUCCAUUUGGGCUGUGCCAUGUCCGUCUUCUGGAUGCUUUGUGUUUGCCAAGUGCAUUCGCCAACACAAGAUCGUUGUAGCAAGCAAACUCCAGGAGCCUUAAACCUCUCUCGUUUGUCUCUGGGUUGCAGCAGCGUCCACAAGUGCCUUUCCAAUUCUUGAAUGCAUCCUCUCCUACUUUGGCGUUCCAGUCGCCUAACACAACAAGGAUGUCCUUCUUAGGGGACUGGUCCAAGAUUUCCUGGAGGUGGUCAUAGAAGUCCUCAACUGCAUCAUCAUCAUAGUCCGAGGUAAGGGCGUAGGCCUGUAUUAUUGUGAUGUUAAAUGGACUUGCCCUCAGGCGGAUAACCACAAGCCUGCUUGAGACUGGACGGCAGCCCAUGACAGAGUUCAUGAUGUCCUUGUGUACAAGAAAUCCAACGCCGUGUUCGUGUUUGUCCUCCUUGCCACUGAAGUAUAAAUUAUGACCCUCCUCAGUGGAUGUCUCGCCAGUUUUUCCAUCGUACCUGGCAGAGACCUAAGAUGUUCCAGCGGUACCUGCUCAUCUCAUAUGACGAUUCUUCCGAUUUACCUACCAUUCGCAAGGUUCUCACGUUCCAGGUGCCAACAGUGAUAUUGUUCCUGGCACGUAUCUUGCACUCUAACCGACCAAUAAGGUGGCGUCCUUAAAAUAAUAACCACCCAGUAUGACACAGAACCAAGAAUAGAUUGAAAAUAAUUUUCAUGGGAAGAGGGUCAUGUAUGGGGGAUUCGCUCUCUCAGAUCAUUCUCUCUUGUUUGAAUCCAAUUAUUUCAUAAUGUUUAAGCAUGUAGCCCUUUUACUUAUAAAAUUUUUGUUAACAAAAAUUCUCAAUGAACUCUUUCUUAAUUUUUCAUUCUUUUGUACUUUUAUUAAACUACAUUUUAUAAUUUUCUUAUUUUCAUUUUCGCCCUUUGAAGACGUAAUUCAGGUGAUCGAAAGCUUGUAUUUUUUUGAAUAACAUUUUUAGCCAGAGACCUGGCCCUGCUGUCUUUUCAAGUUAACAAUUAUACCUGAUUUCCACAAUAAUUCCCAAUCUAUUUCCUUAAAAAUCAAAGUUUUACCAACAACAACGCUCCUAAUAUCGGCGUUAAAUCUCGCUUGCUUGGAGAUUAGAUAAGAAAUGAGGAGGCGAUUAAUUCUAGACGAAACAGGAUAUACUCGCCAAAGGUUUUUCACUUCCUACUUUAUCGACGGUCGAGUGUUGUUCAGGAUAUUUAGUUUUGAUAUCGUAUUCGACGAUUUGUUUCUGAAUUGAUUAAGUACACGUGUUAGCGACGACCGGAGAUACGUCUGGGACUAUACGCGUUUAUAAUUACACGAAAAUUCAAGGGCCUCGAUUCGAGACAAAUUACAUCAUUGCCAGAGAUCAAAAACGUGAUGAGGACAUGGCAAGUCAUUUCUAUCACCGCCGAAAAUAAACCGCAUGCUCAUCAUGAGACUCAUUUGCAUGCAACAAAAGUUUACAACACCUGGCCAGUUAGCCUUUGCUAAUUAAGAUUCUUCUUUUUCUUUGUUCGACCACUGAAGUGUUUACUUGUUCCAAAGUUAUCAACUCUUUCAAGGGAGAGAAUUCGUGGACCGACCCGUUCCGAAAAAGCUCUAAAUCGCAUUUAUUAAUCUUUCCUAAGCGUUCUUCGCAAAACGAUUCUUAUUCUCAGUUUCCACGGUCUCUGCUAGGAACGCCUAGGACCCAAACAGCCCUUUUGUGUCCUAAAUACGAGGAAAAACGGCUUGCAGAUUACAAGUCUCGCUGCUUACACAAGCGAGACUAAAAAUACGAUGAAAGGUGUUUCAUCCGGCUUUACAUCUAUCUCAUAUUGUAGGUGGCUCUUGCUCGCCAUAAUCUUACGGGCUCGAAAAAGUUUUUUGUGUGUGUGUUUUAAUAAGGUUGCACUGACAAGAAACUUUGCUGCAUUUUUAAUACUCAUAGGUCGAAAAAAAAUGUGGGAGUUCCAGGGGGGGAGGUGUCUCCAAGGAAAUCGGUGGUUCAGUCCGCCUGCCAGUAUGACGUCACUUGUCGCGUCAGUGACUUUCAAAAUGGUGAGCAAAGUGUUCAUCAAAGAGACGGACAAAAAUUUCGAAUUUAUCAUGGAAAUACUGUUCCGUUUUCUUAGAUUUAGAGAUUUUAAGAUCCCUAUUGACAUAGAAAAAACUAGACUUUGGUUCUUUUUUGGAAUGAAACGUCCAGUGGUGUAAUGAAUUUUAAAGAUUCCUUUCUAUCGCUGAGCAAAUUUUACGGGCAAUCAUACCGACCGGUCAACCUUUUGAGGGCCAGUGCACACCAAGAUUGAGCAAUUUCGACACAUCAGUAGGAGGUUCAUCAAAGGAUACACUAUACUUUACCUUGCGCGUAUUUUCAGCUCUUUUAAGACGAUGUACAAAAAGCAAGUUUAACUUUCGCAAGUGGGUGUUGAUGUAAAUUAGUACAGUUUGUGGUGUCCUGUGUGUUGUUGGUCAUGAUGUCAACUAACAUCCAGCUGUUUCAGAGGAGGUACAUGUCUUGACAGCUCAUGGUUUUUUCUGGCCGUAAGCCUAGCCAGUACGCAGAUCAAGAGCUCUUCAAAUCCCUUUUCCAAUAUAAAACUCGGAAAAUAAGCUUAACAUAUAUGUUGAUCCACAUGCAUGAUCAGCAUGGUCAGCAGUAAGAAUAAAGGAAAACAGGCCAAAAGGAAAAAUAGGAUCAAGAAACAACGACCAAACAGAAAAAACGAUACAAGGAAACAGAAAACAGCGGUACCGGGAUUCGAAGCCGGUUAAUCUGCACGUGCAAGCAGCUCGUUGACCACUGCACUACAGUGACACACAUGUUUUGAUAGAUAUAUUUUGUUACAUCUCUGGCAUAAACGCUGUUUGAAGCUGGUGGAGCUGUAUCAUUAAUUCAAAUAUACAUUUGAGGAAAAUUAGCUUAAGCGCGUAUUAUUUCAAAGCUAUUUCGCAUCAUUUCUGUUAAAAGGGUCAAUCGAUGUAGAUAAUCGAUCAGACUAGCUUUACUGAAUUUGGUGGAGAAUUAGGAAAUCAACAAAGGCCCACACUCGAAAUGAUUGAUAUGAAGUUAGUUCGGUUUAAUUAGCGAAAGGAUAGAAUGAUGCGAUAUAAAAUGUGUGAUCUGUGAAUGGAACCUCGUAUUCUGGAGACUACACCUUGCCUAUUUUAAAGAAACAAAACGUAUUCAAGUUUUGAUGACCUUGCCGGUCCCGUGAAAAAGAUGGCCAUCCCGCAACACGGCCCGUAAAAUAAAUUAACAAAAUUAUACAAUUACGGACACAAAAUAUCAAAGCAGUUUACACAAGCAGAUUAUAACAGUAACAAAGCUCACACACUUACGAUCAAAUUAGGGAUAUAUAACAAUUAUUCACCUAAGUGGAAGUGGCUAGUAUUGCAUAUUUACCGAGGCCGCGAAGCGGCGAGGUAAAUAUCCAAUACUAGCCACCGACACUGAGGUGAAUAAUUGUUUUAGUAUAUACUAAAACAGUGAGUAAUUGAGCACAAAAUGAUGAUUUUGAACUCAUUUACUGUUGCCAACGAUUACAAUUUUGGCGCGCGAUGACCGAACGGCCGCGGUCGUCGCUUUUUCUUAGCGACAAAUAAAACUUUUGAAGACGUUUGUUUAGCUCUUGCGGGGAAGUUUCUUCAAAAGGAGUUAUGAAUUCUGUUUGUAUUUAAAAUAAUUCUGUAAAAAAGAUUAUUAAAUUUAGUUUUAAGCUUAUUCAUGAACAAGUCAACUAAAUAAAGUAACGCAAGACUUAAGCUUAAUUUGCAUUUGUAAACAAAAAAAACCACAAGAUGCCUGUUUGUCCUACCUCUCUCUUUCUCCCGCCCCCCCCCGGCUCCCAUAAUUGGGGUCCCCCCUGCUUUUUUGCACAACCAAACCCGGGUCCGCCCCUCUUACUAGGGGCCUGCCACCGGGGGCGGGGGGGGGGUCAAGAAAAACAGGGGGAAAAAAAUACAAUCCCUCCCCCCCCCCCCCCCCCCCCCCCAACCCGAGCAGUUCCAACAUCACCAAAGGUUGUUAUUUUCCUUCGCCUACAGGGUGAAGAAGACCACCUGGGCCUUGAUAAUCUGGGCCUCAUUCGGGACAGCUUGCGUCGCGAAAGCUUAAUGGGGUGAGUUGUUAGUAGUCUUAAAUGUUCAAUUUAUUCCCCGCUUGCUGUAUUUGUGAUGGUUGUUCUCCUAACAAGUCCUUUUUACGGCCCACAUAUUUGAGCCUCAAAAAAAGACAGUAUCAGUUUGUGCUCGUGGACAAACUGACUGACUCGUUUGUCGUGUGCCAUUUUGAAUAACCCCGUUAUGCACAUGUUUUUACUCUGACUAACAAGAAGAAUUCCAUUCACUGUGAUGCUCUUUAUGAAUUUUUUUUGUGUGUGUGUGAAGGAUAGUUGUUUGAAAACAGCACAUCUACGAUUAAUUCUCUCUGCGUUCAUCUGAUGCAGGCAACGAAACAGUGGUGCAACCAGUAAGCAACGUGACGACCAGAUCCAUCCAGUUUUGAUUCGCGUCUGCCUGCACAUUGUCCCUUCUUUAACAGCAACGUUAUUUGUGAAUGUUAAAUAUCAUUUCCAGUGCUGUUACUUUUACUUUUUUCUUUUCAAUAUCAUGUUUCCUUACAGAGAGGGACGCUAUUUGCUAAUAAUGACUGAAAAUUUUGCGGCUUUACCAAGAAUUAAGCAGCUUUUGCUUGAGUUAGACAAAGAAGAGCCAUAUGUUAUUUUUGGCAGCAGUUUCCCAAAGGACCAGUUGUUCACUCAGGCAAGAGUUAAUUUCAUUUUGCUUCGGAAAGUGCAGGGUGUCCAGUCCCUAUUUUUUCGUACUUUUUCCUAUUUUUUUGAGCCUAUUCCUAUUUUCUCCUAUUUUUAAACUAAAACCUCCUAUUUUUCCUAUUUUUUAGCUGGUGAAGCCAAAAUUUGUAACAAAAUUGAAACUGGAAUUAUAGUUGUAUGUGUUUUUGAGUGAAAUUUAUCAUAAAGCAAGUAGCAUGUUGACUUUGAUGUUCUAAUAUUAGUAAAAAUGACAGUUACCUUUGUUCUUUCCAUGACCUCUAUUGCCUACUUUGUGUAUAAUUUUCUCGUGCACCUGCAUGUAUUGUAUGAAGUGUUAUAGUCCUCUUGACUAUUGAACAUUAGUAAAAUCCAACUAGUGGUCUAUUAUCAGUGCUGCAUUCUGAUUGGUUGAGCUACUACUGGGCUAUAUGUUAUAGCCCACUAUCUAGUAGCAAAAAGUUCGGGCUUUUUGGCGGCAAAAAAGGAUUAAAGUCUAGCUUUAACUAGGUAAAAUAUUUUUAUUCUCGAUAUUUUUGACCAACUAGUUGGAUUUUACUAAAAAAAUUAUUUCUCUCGCCCUCAUGGCCUCUGAGUUAAUAGCCCAUUCGGCCACUAUUGACUCGGAGCCCAUUCGGGCUCGAGGAGUAAUUGUUAAAUAUUUUACAUGGCCCACUGAAACUGCAUUUCAGUAUCUGUACAUGUUAUAUUUUAUUUUGAAGUCUUGCUCGCUUUUAUGUUCAUCUUUGAAACUGAAAACAGGAUCAAGUUGUCCUCUCACAACACAGGCCAGUUUAAUCAUCCAAUCAGCUUCUUGGUUAAAAAACCAAUCACUAGCUGAUUCUGGAUACUACAUGAAAAGAACAGACUAAAGUUUAGUUUACGGCACUAGCUCUCUUGGUGACCCUUGUUAACAGCUAUACCUAAGCAACUGGUGAAGGAUCCAAUAUUUUGGUUGCAAAAUCGGUCUUGCAGUCAUAGCUAAGCAGAGUAUUAUGUUCUUCUCAGAACUUAACCAUGACACACUUACAAUCUGGUACCAAAUAGAUGAGUGUCAUUUUGCAUACACCACGGAGAGCCCGAUUCCGUACUUAAAAUUAUGCGGUCUUUUGACUCAAACAAGCAUAUUCUCAACCAGCCACCGAUUGCAGAUUAAUGGAAGGAAAGCUUUCCAUAGGACUUUUUUCGAUAUCAAUCAAAGACAACUCAAUCGUAAAAAAUUUCUAUCCUAAGAAAUUUCACUCUUCAAAGCUUUUGAAAGAUUUGCCGUCAACGUGAAGGGAAUUUCCAUAUGAUCACCUUUGAUUAUAGAACCACGCUCGACCUGUAGUAAGUCAUAUCAUUCUGAUUAAAUACAGCGUAACUGAGCCAAUAAACUAAACAUUACUGAUCAUUUUCACUCCUUCUUAGCCACGGAAGUUGAUCUAAAUCCUGUGAACAUAGAAUCUGAAGACUCAUAGCCUUUAUUAUAACCCUUAUGGGAUGCAGGGAAGCUAUCUUUGUCGACAAAAGCACUUUUCAUUUUCCUAUUUUUCUCCUAUUUUUAGUGCAAAGUUUCCUACUUUUCCUAUUUUCUCAAUCCUGAGUUUCCCAUUUUCCUAUUUUUUUGAGCAAUUAUGCCCCUGGACACCCUGAAAGUGCCCUUUUUAAGAGAAUGAUCGGUUAGUCAAGUGGUUUUUUUCCCAUUCCUCCACUGAUUUCCUUUAUUUUUCGACCGGUCUUUUGUCCCCAUCAGUCUCGAAAAGCGUUGAAUAUUAUAUUAGUUAAUUACCACCUUUUCAGACAGCUGUCAUUUUUUUUUCUUAAUCGUGCGUCGGCAAUUUCAUUAUCACAGGUUUGCCGCAACAUAAAUCGCGUCAAGAUCUGCAUGGAAACGGGCAGGACUGUGAUAUUGUUAAAUCUUGACAAUCUCUAUGAAAGCCUCUACGAUGCUCUAAAUCAGGUCAGUUACGUUACAACAUUUCACAUCUAGAAAGUAAAAAACUAAAACACUUGUAAUUGUUCAAACUCUAUUAGAGCUACUUUAACACAACAGACUUGAAACUACCAAAACUUGUCAAAGAGGGCUAUGAUUAGUUUCGGGUUGAAAUUGACGGUACAACAAAUUUGUUCAGUGGAGAGGCCAUAGCUUCGUAAUAUACAAGGUUCAUUUCUAAGAAAUUUAUAGUGGUCACAACUUUAUGUUCGUUUGGAUAACUCGUAAAACAGAGGCCGGACUUAGCAAUUCUCAAUUUAAAAAAAACGAUUUCAAGAUAAAGAAAUACCUGUAGCAUGAGUUUCUUUACUUAUCUAAUUGUACUUUUGUUUAUAUAGUACUAUGUCACUUUUGGUGGAGAGAAAUAUGUUGAUCUUGGACUUGGAAAUCACCGGGUAAAAUGCCGGGUUCAUGAAGAUUUCAGGUAACAACUGAAACCAUUGGAUGGGAUAAUUGAUAGGAACACUGCAUAACUUGUGAUUAUGCUAUAUUGGCAAAACCUUAUGAUAAAAAGACAAGGCCCAGAGGCUUUGUUGGAACUACCUAGAGUUUAUGGAGGAGGCAAACAAUUUCCCUUCGUUUUUAUUUUUGUAAAAAUUGCCACUGUUAAGUAAAUGUGCCUUAUGUUUAUGCUUAGCCUGAUGCAUUGCCAUGGGCCCGUGAUACGAUUAUCCCAAAGCUUAGUAGAUAUUUUCUAACUUUUUGACAAGAAAAAUUAAAAAUAUCUUUUCUCGACGUUUCGAUAUUUCUAACAUCAUUACCAACCAUGAAGACCGUGAAAUGUCAAAGUUGUUUGAAUACAUUACAUAAAAUUUGUGUAUUCUUGAUCAGUAUUCACAUUUCCUAAAAGAGUAGCUUCGAGCAUCAUGUAUACACUAAUGCCAUCUAAUUUAUUCAAACCUCAACUCUUUUACCUUAACAGUUUUCAUUCUUGAUAAUGACGUUACAAUCAUCAAAACGUCGAAUACCGUUACUUUCAAUUUUUCAGGUUAAAUGCUUUAACAAGCAACUGACCCUCUGACUUUUCAACCUUUGAAUAAAAAUUUGUGUUAGGAAAGGCAAAAUACAAAUUACAAUCGGAAAAGAUGAUCUCAGUUUCUUCUGACACGCUUUCUUUCUAGGCUGAUUGUCAUCGCCGAGAAGGAUGAAGUUUACAACAGAUUCCCCAUUCCACUUAUUAACCGCAUGGAGAAGCACUUCCUGGUCAUGUCGUCUGGCCUCACAGAGGCGCAGAAAAACGUUACCAAGGAAUUACAAGCCUGGGUGGAGGAAUUUGCAGAUGUUUUUCGUCCCUUGCAUGAAAGACAGAGGUUGCAUUUUUCUACGGAGUCUACAUAUUUUUGUAUUAGUAUUGCUCUUCACAUAAACCACCACCUUUUUUUUCCUUUGGAACAAUCUAAUAUUGCUAAUCAUGAUCAAAUUAUACAAAAGUCACAUUCGUUGUGUUUCUUAUUGUUGAAAUUGAUGGAAAACACAGUAACUAUGAAAAUCGUAACGACUGAUUUGUGUUGUAUCUUUAUUCUGCAUCACGCCAACGCACGCUGGUUUUUCACAGUCUAACUUAAAACAAGGGUAUGACUUAUCUAAGUACUAGACAAAAUUUGAGCAGGAGAUCUGUAUAGUCGUUUAAAAGGGCGAGCCACUGCAGUGCCCAUACAGAUCGGUCGCGAAUAUUUCAUCUUUUACUAGUGUCAUGAUACAAUGAGUAGAAAUCUGUAUCAAAUUUACUAAACACUAAUUUGCUGGAAAGGAAUUUGUAUCAAAAGUUGAUUCUACUGUUUAUUAAUUCAUCAAAAAAAAGAAGCUGAAAUUAUGUUGGGGUUUACAGAAGAGUCAAGUGACUCAACAGGACAAUUGAACGAUGACGUUAUCUUACUACAAUUACCAGAAUCCUUCAGUUUGUUGUAUUCUUGUGCAAAUUCAGUGGGCCUAUUGUUAUUUACAGUAAACCUCAGCGGGAUUGACAAAUUUAAAUAAGAAAUCAAAAGCGAAAUGCAUUCUGGUAUUUGAAGUCAAAUGUCGUCAUCUUGAAAAUGGCCUGUUAGUACCUAUUGAUUUGUUCAUGGUCAUAACUAAUAAAUAAUUAAUAAAUUUUACACAGAGGCUUUAUCACUAUAUCAGCAAAGAAAAUAAUCAUGUGUUUUUUGUGUUUCUAUGGGUACCUUACCAGCUAAAUAACAGUGAAAUAUGUAAAUAUAUUUGCCUUUAGCCGAACAUUUACGAAAGGAGACGCCUUUAUUGGUUACCACGAAGAUUGCGUGCCUGCUGUAGUUUUACAAGUUUGUGCGGAGUCUCACGAAGAUGGCUCAGACUUAUCAGAUGUGGAAAGGGAGGCAUGGGAAGAAAAGGUACUUCUUUCAUGUUAUGAUUUUUUUGUUCCAUUUUUAUUAUCAUUAUAUAUUAUUCUUUGCGCUCUAUGAUAUGUUUAUUUUUGUCUUCAUUUUAAAGAAAAAUUACUGUUUACAUAGUUAGUGACCUUAAGCCUAAAGGAAAAACUGAAAAAGAAAACAUAGAGCCUUAGAUGGUAUUGGCAACUCAGCAGUUACGGGUUAUCUUGUUGAUAAAUAAGAACAGCCUUAAAUCUUUAGUAGUGUUGCUAGUCACCCUCUCGGAUCCCUCGCUUCCCACCGGCUUUCACCCCAUCGAUUAUUGCUUAUGUUUAUCUGAGUUUCCUAAUUUCUCUUUUUCCAAUUUUUCCAGAUUUUGAGGUGCUCCCAGGAACGUUUAUUACAGUGCGCAACUCCUGAUUCCGUGACUCGUCUCAAUUCGUCUCGUCUGAAAAGAGAGGCGUCUAAUUUGUGGACUAAAUACUUUCGGGAACAGGAACACUCAAGUUUGGCUAACUUUUUGGUGAAAGCUUUGAAGGAGCCCAAGUUACAAGCAACAAAAGAAGCAGCAAUUCGUGCUCAAGUAAGAUAAUUUCAUGAAUACUCUCUUUUAUCACAAGUCUUGCGAAGCUAAGGUACUACAUUUUGAGAAUAAAAAAAAACUGUAAGUUAAUGAAAAUAUCCGAUAAGCAAAUCAAAAAACGCUAGCUAAGGUUGAUAGGAAACUGUCGUUAGAAACAUUAUAAGCAGGAGAAAAAAAACUUUAAAAAAGUGUACUCUACAAUGUAUACAUGCGGCUUUGGUGACCUUGAUUGUGGAAGGAGUGCCUAACAAUAUUAAGUACGCUGCUUGUUUGAAAAGCCUUUUUGCUUUACCGUCUCAAAAGAAAAAACACUUUUUUGCAGAUAUCGACACAUUCACGCUUACUCUCUGACCGCGACAUUACAUCCAUAGCAGAAGCUGCUGGCCUUCCUGAAGGCUGUGUAAAAUGCGUCUCGUUACAACAGUUCCAAACUGAGCAACAGUUCUGCAAUUGCAUCGGGUAAGCUUAGUUAUGAUACUUAAAUCACAAAAAAUCUGUAACACCGUAAUAUGUACAGUCAGCUCACCCUGAGAUGGACCCUGGCUUUUGGGACCGGCACUUCGUUCCUUUCUCGAGAAAUGCCCAGCAAUGCUCAAAACUCAGGCCUGAUUUCCGUCUGACUUAAUUUUCACAUAGUUGCUUGCUUUUAGGUGAGAAUUGGGGCCAUGGAACACUUCCUGGUGUCGUUGAUUAUCUCAAUCUCAUUAGCGUGCAUUUUCUUAAAACAUUCCACUCUCCGUGAAAAGUUUUUAAUUAUAAUUCAUUACAGGCAGCUUAUACUUGUCCAUCACAGUGAAAUAAAAUCAUAGUGUGUUUGUUAUUUUAGGAGGGAGUUUUUUGCAAUACUUGGAGGCAGAGAAGGCCUACUGAUAGUGCAAUGUGAUUCCACGGACCGAACACUAGACUUGGUUGCCUGUGCCCGACAUCUGCUCAUAGAAGAGUGCCGAGAAACGGAGAAAGAGCUGGAUCAAGAAUGCAUAGGAUCCAUUCACAUCUUGAUGAUUGUACAACUGGCUAGAGUGGCUGGAGGAUGCCCAGAUUUUGUCGCAGUUCAAGGAGAGGGCUGGUUGUCAGUUCAUAUUGACGAGCUCUGCCCACCGAGUGAGGAGAUACCACCCAUUGAAGCUAUGACAGGCCGUUCUGUUAGCAGAAUAUUUGAGGGUGCAUUAAACAAGACAGAAGAUAAUUUCACUGUGCGGCAGGUGCUAACUAGUUGUGUUCAGGAGGCUGCUAGUAGGAUUGAGGAUGAUAAUACCACUCUUGGAAGAGCCACCAAAAGAGUCGAACUUAUGGUUAGCUUGCUUUCCACAAAAACGUCUACAACUCGUGAAAGUAUGUAUAAAUUUCUGUUGGUACUGUUGACUCUUUUCAACACACGUAACGAUACAGCCAGAGCCAUUCCUCGCUGACACCUCUCUAUUUUCCUUUUGAUGCGGGCACGGCUCUGCACCUUCAGAGUCCUACUUAUACUAAGAAGGUCUGGCUGUAACACCCACAAGUACAGUUUUUGACGGAGACUACUUUGCAAUCUAAAUGGUCGAUUGGCUAAAUAUCUUCAAUACAACCAACGCACCUCUUUUUGCAAAAUAGAACUGCGAUAGAACGCUCUAUUAUGUUAGGUUUCUUGCUUACAUUGUAAGAGCAUUUGCAGAGAUGACAUUCAAACUUUUAGCAAAAGACUUUCACAAUUACGGUAUAGCUCAAGCAAUAACACUUUAACUUAAUGAUACUCAGUAAGUUUGCCAAAAAAGUAAUCGAGUAAAAGUAAAUAAACGUCAUUAUAAAUAGGUGGUCAUAUUGAUUAACCUUUGUAGGUGAAGGAAGUUUUGAGGCGGUGCUUGCAGAACGUGUCUAUCAACUGUUGCAAGAAAGAGAUCAACGAGCACCGAAUAAAGGAAACGACUGGCUAGAAAAUGAGGCAUUAUCUACCACUACAAAGGAAACUGGAACAUUCAAAAAGGCAUUGUGGCGUCGCUUCCAGUCCGUUGUGGCCCCAUUUCUGGCAGAACUUAUUGCAUAUGUUGACCGAGAUGGAAAUCUUGAUUUGGCAGCUAGCGAAGACGGUUGGAUCGUAAACCUGUGGUUAAAAGUUCUUCGAGACAGUUCCUUUACUUAUCUAGAGUACAAUGACUUUUUGGUCCAAAAGGGAGAUGCCUUAGUUUUAAGAAGGAAGGUUCCGGUCCAAAAAUCAGGAUAUCGCUCCCAUUCAUUUCAGUGCAAGUUACCAUUUUCGUGGCUUCUCAAGGAGUGCAUGGACGAAUUGCUUCGAGAUGCGAGAAGUAUAGCAGGUGAAUUAAACCUCCAAAUAAAUUUCUUUUUCUGAAAUUAGGAAAACAAUUAGCUUUAAGUUUUUCAUGUGCGUCCAUGAGAAUGUAAACCGAAUUGAUUAAAUAUUCAUCCCCACGUGGUAUGUUUGAUAGCUCCCUUAAGUUACAGGGAAUAAAUUGCCGUUUCGCAAUCGCUGUUUAAGGUGCAUGGCAGUACAGAAUCAAGCUGUGUUCAAAACUUUGAAUUUGAUGGAUCAGUUAUCCACUUUUUCUCAUUUGAUGCUAUAGUAAUGGUACUAAAAUGGCCGAAUAUUGGUUGAUUAAAUUGUGGUCGUAGGUUGUCGUAGCUACAGUAUACUUUUGGUGAGAAUAUCCUUCAAGUGUUCAUACUCAAAAAUUAGUUCAGUAAACUUAAGGUUAAUAUUCUAAAAUUCGCUGAUAUUAGAAGCCCAGUAAUGCUUGAUGCCUAUAGAAAAUGUUUGGAGGCACCUUAUAUAUGUUGAAACUUAGUUAGGCUAAUCCCAUACUCAUGAAUACGAGUAAACGCCACGAAUCAUUGAUUGUGUGAUUCAUUCAUUCAUGCUUAUUUCAUUGCUGUUUUGAUUUUAGUCAACUCCAAUGAAUCUACAACCGAAUGUAUGCGGAGGCUGGUAAACAAUUCAGAAGUACAUGAAAUUUUGUCAAAAGCCAUCUCUGACGGCGGGGAAGCAGUGGCAGAUCGCUAUUUGCACGACUUUGCACACAUGACGUACGCACCUCAAGAAGAUGACGAACUAGAGGUAACAGUUGACCAUUUUCCUAUUUGACGUUGAUGAAUGAAAGUAACCCUGGCAUUACUCACUAGAUAUGCUUCGAAUUGGAGACCUCUGGCAACCCGUCCUUGCUAUUAACCAAUUGCUUUGUCUCAUGCUAGUUGGGAAUCGUAAUCCCGUUUGAUUUACAUACCUUAUUUGAGAGGAGUUCCCUCCAGAUAGAAAUUAUAUCUUAGCCUCACUUCCAGAACAUUUUCGUCUCGUUUUCCAGGUUGUUCUCAGAGCGAUUGUAGCCGCAGCAAAAGAAAUGCAUUCUGAGAGGUCCACAGGAAGGCCCUUUGAAUUGGACUUGGCAGCCAUACAUACAGCACAUUCCCGUAUAAGGCAACGGCUCACCUGGCUGUCACAGCUACUACAUUCUAGGCCUGAUAUAUUACCAGAACUUUGUGGCAGUUUUUCUUGGGAUGAAAACGAGAUGGUAAGACUUAGACGUUUGUUCCUUUUAUCCUUCUCAUUUUCAUUCUCAUCGAAAUGAAAAAAGAAUUUCUCGAAUCCAUCCCGCCAAGAGAAUCGGACUUAUUAAUAGACAGUAGACACUGACAAAAACAAAACAAAAUAUAAAAGGCAACACGAACGAAUACAUGUCUUAAUAGACAGUAGACACUGACAAAAACAAAACAAAAUAUAAAAGGCAACACGAACGAAUACAUGUCUGUCCACUCUCGUAGUCAAGAAAUUCCGAGCGAAGCGAGGUUUAUAAAUCUGUCGCGCUUUGAUCGCACAGCGAGGCAGAAACUCGAGUUGAGAAUAUUUCUAUAGAUCUCUUGGGUGUCCGCAGUGACGUCAUCCAGUUGUGACGUCGUUGUGACGUCGGGGUGAUUUUUGGGGUUGCCAGGCAACGCUACUUCAAGUGCGAAUGAAAAUCCUGUGGUCACUAUCAUGUUUUUUAUUCAAAAGUGCGUCUCACUUCGGCUUUUUGCCGUCAAAACCUUGCUUUUCCCUAAAAUAUGUAUCGUUGAAUUCAUGCAUUGUACCGAGGCAAACCAACAAUAAAUUGGUUCUUUCCCCACCGAUCACCGAUUGAUCAAUUCAAAGACUGGUUUCAGCUCUGUACAUCCGGUCCAUCCGUCGUUGAACCCAAGUGUAGAUUUUGAGACCGAAAAAAUGCAAAAUGACUUUGAAAUACGCCUUUAAGCUUAUCUUUUAUCGAGUGUGUAUUUGAAUUCAUGGUCAAUACAGCUCCACCAACUUCAAACAGCGUUUAUGAAAGAGAGAAAUGCUCUUAGUAUAAAAAUUUUAGUAUAACAUUUAUCCAGUAGCUGCGCGCGUGGCGCAGUGGUCAAGGAUCUAAAUUCAUAUGUAGGAUAUUCGGAGGGAGCAAGUUCGAAUCUGGCAGUCAUACUUUAAGACUUUGUAACUUUUUUUUUUUUAGUUUUAUGAUCAUUUUUCCUCCUUGGCUUGUUUCCCUUUAUUCUCACAUCUGAUCCUUUAAAGCUUCGCGAGGAUUUUUGGAUAACAUAUUUGUAGGUAUGGAAGGUUUUGGAAAACUGUAAUUAACAUCUAGAGAUUCCUGGCAUCAAAAAACAUAAAAAGAAGAUGUGAUCAAUCAAGUCGAUUUCCCAGUGGUAAAUAAUAGUAUAGUCUUGGGAAAAUGCGAAGUCUAUUUUUUCAUUUCAACCGUUUCUGACGCAUUUUGUUUUGCAGUGCGUAGACGCCUGUGCCUUGCAAAUGAGUUUGGAGAGUUUAGAGCCUCAAAAAGAAGAUUUUUCAGAGCCAGAAACAAGGAGGGAAUGGUGUGAUGAAGUAUUGUCCUUAAAAGUACCAGUAGAAGCAAUGAUUGUUAAAGCAUUCAAAGAAGGGCCACCUGUUGGACACAAAACUGAAGCAAUACUCACACAGUGCAGGUUUUUCUAAAUAGUAUUUCUUAUUAACUGUGGAAGAAUUCAUCGACCAGCUUUUCUUUAAAAUUUUCAGGUACAUGUGGCAACGUCUGAGUGCAGUGAGAAUGUUCAUUGAGAAUGUGUACCCAUCACAGAUCAAUCCCGAUGUUGGGCAGACAAUUUUGAAACUUUGGAAGGUAAGAAAUAGGACAAAUAUUCAAAAGCUGCUUUUAUUAUCUAUAUUUAAAGCGUCGUAGUUGUACUUAUUACUUUAGCCCCAUGUGGAGCGUCCAUUUGCAAAUUCUCUCCUUCAUCUACGCUGUAGCUCUUUCCUGGGAAAACAUCUCCAGAAUGAUUCAGCUUCCCGUCAAUCUCUAGUCUGUUUUAGGGCGCCUGCUAUUUCUUCUGUUCUCUGGGGUUUCGAUCUGAGCACUUUUCGUUUUUGCAUAUGGCCAAACCACUGCCACGUCCUUUUCAUUAUCAGUCGUUCAAUAAGCCCUUUCCUCAUAUUUUAUUGAUUGUGAUUUACCAGAUGACCCUCUGAUCCCUUAAACCAUCUUUUUUCUCUUCCAGGCUUUGGGUGAAAGGACAGACUUUUCAAAGAAAUCCUCACUUGAUGUUCUUGAAAGAUUUUUACUAAGCUGCAGUGAGGAUUCUUUUCAACAACAUAAGGAGUGAGUAGCUUCAGUUAAGAUUUUUACAAGUAGCAGUAGAUUUGUGGAAAAGAGGUUACUUUAUGGUAUAACGUUCUUCGUUUUUCAAAAAGAAUUACAGUAUCCAACCUCUUUGUCACUUCUCCUCAUUUAGCUGUGUUUAAUUAUACAUUUGUCAUCAAGAUGACUGUAAUGUUCUUUCCUUCCUAUGCAGAAACAGCUUGGAAGGUCACGCACAGUUUCUUCAUCGCUGCAACACCUUCUUUGUGGAUAUCGUUUCAGUUUUUUGUUUUGGAGAAGAUAUUCCUAAGCUGGAUACAGGAGUGUUUGAGAUGCUUAUGCGAUACGCCGUGGGAGAGGAGUUGACAGAAACAAAACCGGUCUCUCCGUUCCCUAGAUUUGGAAUGGACAACAGCCCUGUCGUGAGAUCAUUUCUCUUACAACAUCUUAUCAAUUCCAGGUUGUGUUUUCGCUACAUUCGUUUAAUUCAGAAGUUUGUUUGUUUGUUUGUUUAUUUUUUGAUGGUUUUACUUAUUUUACUUUUCUUCACUUUGCAGUCGUAAUAUGCGAUAUAACUCUGGUUUGGAAUAGUUCUACACGCCAUACAGUUGGAGGUGUGGAUUUAUUUUCAACCACACACAUAGCCGUCGCAUUUGCCAGUCGAAAUUUGUAUUCUUUUAUCCUUAAUUGAAAACAACAGCAAUUUCCUUUAGGCAAAUUUCGCAGCUAUGGUGAUAUGCUGAAAAUGAAUCCGCCCUUGCCUUCACAUAGAAUUCUCUUGAAUGUUUCUGUUAUGGACAAACAUGUCCUGUUCUCUUAUUUUAAAGCAAUGUAUGUAAGGCUACAAAUGGGCCUGGCUUUGCCACCACAGGCGGGCUUAGUACGAUGAUGUGAGGUGGUAGGUGCAACCUAACAAGAGAAACAUUCAGAAAAAAAUCUCUCAUGGAAACCUGAACGUCCAUUCGACUCCAGAAUGUAACUGUCUUGAUAUGAUGUCCUAAUAACAUUUUGGAAUUCUAUUUAUUUAGUUAUCAGGAGGCUAAGAGGCAUCUUGAACGGUUCCUUUACAAAGCUCAGGGUUUGUCUUCAGAGGCGCCACAUGUUCUGAACGUUUGUCUCCUAGUCGUACAGUGCAUGGAGGUAGGGAUGAGUUCACAGUCCUGAAGCUUAACAGCAGUUGUCUGAAUUGAUAUUGAGAUGAUGUAAUUCAAUGACAUUCGUUUCAAACAGGAAGGCCUUUUAAGCUUACAACCUUCUUGGAAAACCUCCAUUAUUGAUGUCAGGUCUUUAGUUAGAGCGUUUCUUCUAACGGAAGGUAUUGAUUUUAUUCUUCCUCUUCCUUUCCAGAACUUUUGGGCCAGUGAUUGUGCUAGGAAUUCCGACUUGGAACUAAAAGUUACCAUUCGCAUUGUCGACAACUUAUGCCAAGACGCGCUGAAAAUCCUGGCGAGGGACUUGCCAAGUUCUGAUGAGCUACAGGUGUCUCCUUUCGAAGCUGUAGCAAAGACGCGCUACGCCUUGAGCAAGACUGCAGAGUUCAUGUAUAUGAGAAUCGUCAGUGAUGAUGAAAAAUGGUCCAAUUACGAAACAAGCGAAGCUCUGAACUCUUUGUUUAAUACAGUCCAAGAGCUGUGUACGUCGGUCCCUUCGAGGUCUCUUGCUCUCUUUCUUCUAAAACAGCUGGUUAAGCGAUACGGAGUGAAUUCUAUUGCUACAGUUUCUCAAAAUGAAGACCUUUUCUGGAUAGUUCCAGCCGAAUUUCGACAAAUAGGGGUAAGCACUUUUGAAAUCUUUGGCGUAAGUGAAAUCCUAGAACUACAAAGAAUGCUCAAAUCUGGAAAUAUUUUUCACUCAAAUAAAGGCGAACGAGUAUACUCACAGAUUUAAGUUUUUGUAAAUCAAGUUUAACAAACGGAAAGAAUGGAAGUUUCUGAUGGCGAAUAAACUCUCACAACUGAUAACAGAGCCGAACAGAGUGACAAGUUCGUCCUUUUCACUAUUUGAUGUAUUGGUUACAUCGAUCCUUAGUGUGUUUAAUUCCGCUGGUGUUCUGUCCACCUCAUUCAGCGACCAUUUACCUAUCUUUGGAGUCUUUAAGCAUGGGCCUGCUAUUGGGUCUUCAAAACAUCGCUGCCUUUCAACGCGUUCUACUAAAGCUCAAAAUGCCGACAAAUUUAGCGCUGACUUACAGUCUGUACCAUGGCAUAUCGCGGAAAUGUUUUCCGAUAUUGACGACAAGUGGUACGUCUGGCAAUGACCAUUCACCUCUGUAUUAAAUGAACACUUUCCCAUUCGUCGCAAACGCGUACGCAAGUCAACGUAUCCUUGGCUUGACAAAUCGAUUCUGGUCAUGAUAAGGAGGCGCGAUAAGUACCACAAAAAGGCUAGGAAAUUCAAUCGGUCCUCUGACUAGACGGAAUACAGGCGACUACGUAAUCUUGUUACCUCACUUAUCAGAAAAGCCAGAAAGACGUUCUUUACUGAUAAAUUACAAGAUUGUAAAUCAAACCCGCGAAGCUUCUGAAAGACAAUUAGCUUGCAUGAUUCUUCCGAACAAGAACGAGAAAAGUAGUAUUAGCAGUCUAAUUGUAGAUGAGAAAGAACUAACGCAUAUGUUGCCUACAUUGCAACAACGUUAUUGGCCAAUCGUCACAAUAUCGUAUUUGAAACAGCGCCUGACCCUGUUUCUCCCUACAUCAGGACCUUUAAUUUAUCAUUACUUAAAGGAACGCGAUCAAUCCAAAGCUACGGGAUGUGACCGAAUUUCCGUAAAGGCACUUAAACUAGCGGCACCUAACAUUUCUCAGAGUCUGUAUUGCCUUUUCAAUGAGUCGCUUCGCACUGGUCAAUUUCAAUCUGUCUGGAAAAUAGCCAUGGUAGCACCACUGUUCAAAGGAGGCUCACCAACCGAUUGUGACAAUUAUCGGCCUAUUUCGGUAUUGCCCUGUAUUUCGAAGAUCAUGGAGUCUUUUGUUAAAACCGACUUAAGAAAUUUUGCACACGAGGUCGGUCUCAUAGAACAGCAUCAAUUCGCCUACUCCAAGUUUUCGUCAACGACAGUGGCAUUGCUCAAAGUAGUAGGCUCUUGGAAGUUUGCUAUCGUUGAUGGUCUAAAGUCUGUUUGCGUUUUUCUAGACUUGAGAAAAGUGUUUGAUGUCAUGAAGAUGUAAUACUGCCCUCCAGACUUGACUCUUAUGGUAUUAAAGGGAACGCUCUUCAGUGGUUUUUAAAAAGCUACCUGUUUGGCAGAUGUCAAUUUGUUGUAUGUAGAGACUCUGCUUCUGAGUUUCGACAUCUCCCGUUUGGAGUCCCUUAAGGGUCGGUCCUUGGUCCAACUUUGUUUUAUAUCCAUAUAAACAGCGUAUCUAAAGCAUGUCACAGUUCUGAUGUUAUGCUAUUUGCAGACGAUACCGGGAUUCAUUUUAGUUCCAAAGACGUUGACGAGGCCGAGUACAGAAUGAACGACGAUCUCAAAAACAUUGACAAGUGAUUCUCUAACAAUGGUCUUAUUUGUAACACGAAAAACACGUUGACAAUGGUUAUUGCAUCACACAGGGCAGGCAAAACUGCCAGAGAUGUUCGUACAUCUUACGGUGGUUCGUUUCUAGAGCAGAAGAGACCCUUUAUGUACCUCGGUGUGAUAGUAGACGAAUCGUUCUCUUGGAACAGUCACGUAUCUUUUGUCGCCUCCAGAGUCCACCCCAAACUUAAGUUGUUGAAUAGGAUUUCGUCCUUUCUGGAUCUAACUACUCUUUUGAAGAUUUAUAAAGCGACAAUUUUACCUAUUUUAGAUUACGGUUGUAUUUUAUUGGGAACUUGCUCCAAGAAAAACUCUGAUUUUUUAAAACGAUUACAAAACAAAGCUAUGAGGACUAUCUUAACGGUGAGAUACAAACUAGGCCUUUUGGCGCUACCUAGUAGCCGAAGAUUUAUGCGUUUUCAGCUAGUCUUCAAAAUUGUUAGCAAUCAGCUUUGUCCUACGCGCGCAACUUCAUAAUUAUGUGACCUUGGGAUCCGAAUGUCGUGGCAGGACCUUAAGAGAUAGACGAGAAAUUCUUCUGCCUAAAGUAAAAUCCACUAUUGGCCAGUCUACCUUUAAAUUCACAGGAGCAAAGGAUUGGAACGAGUUACCUAAUGAAUUACGGGUUGAUGGCCUAACAUAGGGAUCUUUUAAAAGAAAGACAUUUAUAAGUAUUUGCAAGAACAAGACCAAACACAGCAUAAAUGUAGAUUGUAGAUUAAUUCAUUUUAAUUUUUUAACACCUUUUGUUAUUACAAACAUUGGUCGUUCCGCUUUUUUACUAUGUACUAUUGCUUUUUUUUAAUCUUGAAAUAUUUUAUUACUGCACAUAGGUUUAUACCAGCUGUUUUUUUUUUAUAAUAAGCUGAUCUAUUUUUUGCAGUAUAAAUAAAGUAUUUAUUAUUAUUAUUAUUAUUAUUAUUAUUAUUAUUAUUAUUAACAUGAUUUACGUAUUAUUUUAGAUAUGUGUAAUUAAGGCUCGUCAGAGGAAAGAAAUAUUUUCAAUCAGUACCAGAUUUCAAUGUGUGUCCACGAAAAGCCACUCGCAAAAUCUUUGUUAACCUUUAAUAGGGUGAUGGAAUGACGCUGGACAGGUUCUUGGUUUAUGGAGACUACUAUCACAAACUGAGAGAUUCGUUAGCAAGCGCCAUCUUAAGCGAAAACAUGGAUGAUUUAAUUGCAUCAUUGGAGGUAACUUAUAAACCUCUUUUACAUUUGACGACUUCAACUAUGAAAGAGACUUUGAUGAACCAAGUAUAUUCUCAUAACCAUGAGUACCAGCAACUUUUUAGAGUACUGCUGACGUUCACCGGUUUCUUGUAGGCGUUGGAUGGUGUGCCUGGACAUGCUAAAGAUGUUACUAUACUUCUGGCUUUGUACCGAGAAGUCGGAAUGUCGGAGGAAGAGGCGCAAAACCAACAACUUCGGUCUAAGGUACGUUUCAGGCGCAAAUUUUUACCAAUUUUACCAAUUUUACCAAUUUUGGUAAAUCGAAUGUUCACCUACCCUAGUAAAAUUCAGAUUGUUGGUGCCAUAUUGAUCAAGAGCAACCAAGGUCAAUUUUUGGAAAAUAUCUGUUCGGAAGACGAUCUCAGAUCUAGAAUUUUUGGAACAUUUGUUGUAAAAUUUCUUGCUUGCCUGGAUCUCCUAAGAUUUUCGAACUUCUAAAAAAUGAUAUAAUUGCUCAUUUUUAACGGAUUUUUACCCUAAAAAAGGUCACCUAGAAUUUUCGGGAGCCUUUUUUCUGGCUGAAAUUUUCCAAAAGCUAAAUUUUGAUCUCUAUAAUUUUCGGAUCACUAGACUUUUAGCUAGGAAAUCCGAACAGAUGUAAAAUGUUUAGGGGAUAAAAAUAUGCCUAUAUCUACCGUUCAAAUACUAAAAUACAUUCAGCAAUGUUAUGUUUAAGUGGUUUUGAACUAUAUCGUUGGGUGCCCCUGAUUGAUUGCCGCUAUCGAAAUUCUCAUCUUCUACUCUGCACUGUUUUAACAUAUGGCAAGAAAUUAGAGUAGAAAUCGUUUUAUUUGAUGACAAGAGUUUUUCCUUCACUUCCCCCCCGGAACUUGGGUAAAGUGUUUAAAUAAGUCUCUUCCAGUAUUACAAUUUGUUGUAAACAGUUCUUUUUUCUUCUUUCUACCCUUUAGGCUUACUCAGUGGUAGAAAAUGUUCUAAAACGUGGCAAAUAUCUUUCAGAAAGUGUAAGUCGAAACCGUUUUGAUCUUCUUUUGAGCAAUGUACUGCUUUUGCAUCUAAAAUCGUUGAACUAAGUUAACUCAUUGAAUUCUUCCUCGCGAAAUAAAUCAGAGCUUACAGCGCUUCGCGCAAACCUUGCUUACCCACAUUUACCAUCUUUUGACCCAAUAACAUUAAGAUAAUGUGGAACUGAGAAUGUGAUUAUCAUCGCUGUUAUGCACCAAAUUUAAACAACUGCACAAGGUAACCCAACAAUAGUAAUUGCACUGAUUUAAAAUCCGGCAGUAGGUCAAUAGCUUAGUUGGUAGAGAGUCGUCCAGGUGUCAACACAAAAUUGCCAAUGUUUUUUCUUUUUUGUAGGAAUGUUUGGUUGAUUGAUUGAUUGUCUGUUUGGUCGAUUAAUUAAUUAAUUUGGUUGAUUAAUUAAUUGGUCGGUUGGUUGGUUUGUUCGUUUUGUUCAUUGGACGGACUUUAAGAUCUUUUUUUUAUAUAUACAAUUUUUUAGGCAACGCGUCUUGCUCGCUCACUUCUAGAAAAUUCUGCAGAAACAAAUUUUCCUUUUCUCCCAAUCUUGGAGAGCCAAAAGGACAUUGGGAAAGCUUUGUCUGAGGUAUUAAUCCACACAACGUCAGUCUUCGAGUGUAUCGAUUUUGACAAGUUACUGGAACCUUUAAGUGCGAUCCUUCUGAGUCCAAGAAAAAUUCUGGUAAGUUAAAGGAGAGGAAUUAAGCUAAAGUCUAAUGCCUCGACAAGUAAAUUUAAAUUCAAUAACUUCAUUUUUGCAAGCUAUAUAUGAUGGAUCGAUAUUUCAUUCCUCCAGCUUCCUCUGAGGGAGCUUUCCUGUCAUCCCAGUCAUCCGGGACACUUUCAUGCAGAUAUUUUAGUAACAACAGCGAAACACGAGGCCUGUUUGCCCAGCGUUAGCAAAAAAGCUAAGAUUAAUAAGACGCAAUAUGUUAAGGUUCAUGAAAAGCUGUAGUCUACUUUUUGUUAGUUGUUACCCUGUUUGUGAAAUUUUUGUUAUACAACAUAUUUGAAAUAAAGUAUUUGCAAAACGCCAAACCAAAAAAUGAAGGCAUUAAUUUACGGCCGUUAUUUUGUAUAAAAGAAAAUUCUCUGACAGGUAAAUUCAUGAUAAAGGCAGGUAAUAAAGUAAUUAAGGAAACAAACUAGAACAAUUGUAAAUCUCGAGAUUUCUUUUAAACUGCAUCAAACUAGUUCAAAUUAAAACUAAUAAAAAUAAUCUGGAAGUUUUACUCUGUAUCUCCAAGAUGGUUCGAGAAGAGUAAAAAUUUGUCCUUUUUUUAGGAUUCCUUUCUCCCAACUAUGCCCGAAGACAAUUUUGAUGAAACUUCUUCCGCCAUGAAGGAGGGUGGUCAGUGGUAUGGUAUGUACAGUCCUUAGUACUCGGCUCCCCCAUGAUGAUAUAUUAUUUUCAGUUAGAUUUAAUGUAGUUAUUUAUUUAACUUCUCGACUACGAUGUAUUUUCUAGGGGUGAAAAUAGGGAAUUUCAAGUUCUUUAAGAACUUUUAAAGCGUCCAAAAAAAUUAAGGCCAUUUCUAAUAAGAAUUAAUUAUUGGUACCAAAAGAUGUCAGUUAUUCCCCCAUCAAUGAAUUAUAAGAUCAUAAUGCAAUAUGUUCAGUCCUCCCUUUCUUUCUUUGUUUAGAAUGUCCAGCAGGCCAUCGAUACUUCGUUGGUGACGUAAGUACCUCGCUUUGUUUUAGUUAGAAAAUUUAUGACCAUUCAAUUUUUAAAGUGACAAUUUCCGGAAAUAAAGAGUGAGGGUAGUCCGAGCAGCCGGUAUCUUUUGAAUGGACUUGUAACAUCGCCAUAUCCCACUUUUGAAAUUGUCCUUACAAGAGCAGAAGAGUACCUAACACACCAUGCCCAUAUAUAGUUACUCUCCCUUAUGGUUUUCCUGCUCUGUUUGUGUAUUUUUCCUCGCAGUGUGGGAGACCAUAUGAGCAGCGUAGCUGUCCUUAUUGCCCAGGUUCUGUAACAAUCGGAGGCGAAAAACACGUAUUAGCCCAAGCCAACAGACUGGCAAAUAGGAGGUAGGCUUGCAUGCCCUAAAUCCACAUAAAAACAGUGGGAUUUUUUGGCCUUCGUUACGACAAGAUAAGUAAAGGCAAGAUGAGGUAGAAGAAACAGUCCUGGACACUACGCCCUUAUUUCCUGUUUCCCAUAGGCAACAUAAUUUUUUUUUUGCACGACACUAUUUGUACCAGAGGUAGUGGAGGAUUAAGGGGGAAAAAAGGGCUAGGUUUUUUCCCUUUUUGUUUACAUUUCGUUAGAACUACAAACGUAGACUCACUGAUAAUCAAAAUGGCUUUUGUUCCUACAUGGACCUGUCAAACUUGAAAGCUUCAUGACCAAACUUUUUUAAGACUCGGUCCACUUCUUUCCAUCCACGGUUUUUAAUUUAAGCUCGACAGAGUCAGUUUUAGACAUAGCGCCAAAUAUCGGUCACAUAGCGCAUUUAUGCCGCUUACAAAACAUCGAAUGAUGGUUGCCACAUUGUACACCCGAACCUCUCCUUAAAUGACGCACCUUUUAAUAUAGGCACUUCUGUAUUAUCGGACAGACCACUGGUACUACGAUGCCUUUACAGGCUGUGUUAAGGAGUUUUGAAUAUAGUUGUGUCAGACUCUUGUGUUAAUUUAAGCAAACGCUUUCUUUUCUCAGAGACCGUUCUAACAAAGGGCAUAUUUUAGGAGUACCCCAGAAAUCAGUUGCGGAAAGAGGUCUCUCUCCUGCAACUGUAAGCCUGCUGAGGGUCAUUCUCCAUUCAGCCAUGCUUGUAUCAGCCUGCAGGGAACCCGAGGUAAGGUUCCUAUGCAGAAAAUGCAGCGAGGAUAACCACAACACUAUGACCUAAAGUGUGACUACUAUCACCGGCAGGGCCACCAAGACAAAGUUUACCAAUCAGACUACACGUAAAUAACGAUGCAUUCCAGGAAAGUUGGUUGUCAGUCAUAAUUUCUAUCAAACGAAAAAAAACAUCAACCAACCAAUUAACCAAUUACAACCUAUAGACCUGGCCUUUUGAAAACGAUGAAGAAAUCCUAUGUUUCGACGUCCGUUACAGUGAUUGAUUGAGGCGAAACACGUAAACUUUGGUUAUAUUUUUGACUUAAGGUCGCAUUUUAUAGGCCUUUUUCAAAAAUACCAUAAUGCUCUUUGUUGUCCCUCCAAAUUUUGCAUAAGCACUGUUUUGAAUUUCUCUUGGGACGAUUGCAAGUGCUAAGAGAAAUCUAAACCUUAUGCAAAUUUUUGAGGGACAACAAAGAGUAAAUAGGCACAUGAUUUUUGACAAAGGCCUAUUGCAACGUUAGCGUAGAAAUUGCUGGAAGAUACCGCUUGUAAAAGACAAACACAACUUUGUGUCUCAAGUAAGUUCCUUUUUUUUUUCUCACGACCCACUGAUUGGCUCGAACAAACUUUCUCGAAUAAUUGUUUUGUUAUUUUCCCGUGACCCAAUCAAUCAUCUUUGUGUUGGUAGCCCUGACUGCAAUGGUCACACUGUAAGCAUUACAAGUCAAGACAGCACCAUUUUAUGUUACCCAAUCAAAGUCACGUUAGUCACAUUAUUUGUCACAUUCGAUAAAUAUUCAUAAAUGUUUUUAAGGCCGUAAGACAGCUAAUAGCACAAGAGGUCCCAGAGGAUGGUGUCUGCGGCUUCCUUUGGGAACAUCUUGUCAAUGAUGUGCAAAGUUUAUCAGCAAGCUUAGACAGAAGCGAGGAUGACGUGCUGUUGACAGUACAUCUUGUGUUGUCCGAAAUUGUGUGGCGAGCAACAAACAGUAAGUCUGAGUAUCGAUAACUAUUCAUAUUUGUCACUCUUACACUAUAGCCAGCAAUAGUUGAAUGGUGGUGAGAGCAUUUGCCUUUCACUAUUGCUGAAGGUGAUCGUGGAUUUAUAAUGAUGACAAGAAGGAAGGAGCGAAGGGAAACUGCAGGAUCGAAAAGUACAGAUAGUUGAAUAUCCUUCUUGCAUACUUAAUAAUAAAGUAAGCAGAAGAGGCGGGUGGGUUGGGGCGACUCCAACUAAAGUUAGUCAAACUGACAACUGUGAAUAAUUAACACAUGCUUAUAUACUGUGCGCGAAGUCUAAUGAAUAUUAAUAAGGUAUAAAACGUUCAAUAUCCUUCUUGCAUACUUAUUAGCAUUUAGUUAUGGGAAGUCACCCCAGACUGCGCCUAUCGCUGUAGAAUCCCCUACAUAAUCCUAACAUAAACACCAUGAUGAACUCUUAUCCUUCCCAAUCCUUAACUAAAUUGAACUCUCCCAACCCUAACUAAUCCCCAAACCCAUACAACAAAAUCUUAACAAAUCGCCACAAGUCGAUGAGGGUUGUCCAAUACACACCACUUGUUCAAGUUGUGAAAGUCGUGGUGUGUGUGUUUCUGUGUGCUUCAACUUGUACGAAGGGUAAAAGUGGUUAGAUCAGCCUUUCAAUUCAUGCGAUUGGUACUAGUGGUGAAUGGGUAUUUCCGUGUGAUAGCUUGAGGUAUCACAUAUGGUUUAACUGCAUCUCACUUGCAAGUGCAAUUGGAGAACACCCAUCUCAUUAGCAACACAAAGAAUUAGUUGGCAAAGUUGUCGUGAGGGGGCCCUUUCAAGUGGUACGACUCGUUCGAGUCGUGCAAAUCACAUCUGCUAGAGAGAGGUUACACGGGAUCUCACACGUACGACCCUUUCAGAAAUAGAUUUUGAGACAGAAAACUAACCCUUCGACAUAUAAGAGAAAUCUACGAAUCGUGCCUUUUGUGAGUCACACAAUACCGUCACACUAAGUGCCUAACCUAAAGCAAAGUCUUGUGAGAAACUAGCACUGAAUAUAACAACAACCAUUACUCAGCGAAAUUUGCAAGAGUCCGCCCCUCAUAUCGUACAAAGGAGGACAGUUGCUCAAAGACAUACCGGCAUGGGAGCCAAACUAUUAAAAGGCUAAAGCACGCCCCGGGCACGGGUAGUCAUGCAGGCCAGUAAACCCCCUUUUACCUCUGUUACAAGGUAUUGAACGUAUUAGUAUUUACGCAAUCAUUUUAACGCGUCGGCGUUGGUUAGGUGCGCGAUUCAAUUUAAUGAAGUGAGGCGUAUUGGAUUAUGGAACGGGGACGACCAAUCCAUGUGAUCCUUGUUAGCUUUGUCCUAGCAUUGCGGGAGAAAUUAUAUAUGUAGUUUCUAAAUCGCGUAAGGGUGGCCCCUGGUUGGCCUAGGCUCGUACGGGACUAGUGUAGAUGGAAACUUUGUGCGCGAUCUAUUUUGAUUGAACGGGGCCAGGAUAACCUCCAACAAACCCAAUGCAGAUCUCCACUACAAUAAUCACACAUAGAGGGCAGAGUCUGCUUGAAACCAGGGAACAAGUGAUGUUUCUAGCAAUAGUGUAAUAUUACAGGUACAUCUGAUGUUAUAGCCAAAUGUAAGCCCUUUAGGAAGCAACCGGUGUCGGUUGUUUGAGUCGACCCCAAACUCCCACCCCAUCGCCAGCAAACAAGCUGAGAGUGCUCGGAAAGGGUCGAUACCUUCUGUGACGAGAAAUGAACCUGAGUUAACGAGUAAUAACUAUUCACGAAUGCAAACCCGUAAAACUCGAAAGGAUGGUUCUCGUUACUGUUUGUUGUCAUCUAUAUGGCUGAUUAAUGACGGUUUGGGUGAGGGUUACAGCGAUCUUAACGCGUCUACUUUGCCCUCCCAGUUUCCAAAAAUUGAGUAAGCCAGCUUGGGUUCUUAAAUCGCUUGGCGAAGGAAGAGGAUAUGGCUCACUUCCUAUAAAACGAUGCGAUUUCAGCAAUAUCUGCAGUCUUUCGCGAAAAGGGGUCGUCAACUGAACAAAACAAAACAUCCCCACAAUGCAUAUUAAAGAUUAUUACUCUUUCUGAAGCACAGUCAAAACGAUUGAAAAUACUUACUCUCGUGUACUAUUACGCCACUUAAAAGGACCAAAUAUUAAAGGCUAGAAAUAAAAACCGAGCUCAAAAGCUGUCUCAUACUGAUCACGACCCGUGUAUAGCCGACUUAGUGAUCCAGUAACACCUGACGUUCCCUUCAAAUGAAAAUCUUCGNCUAGCAAUAGUGUAAUAUUACAGGUACAUCUGAUGUUAUAGCCAAAUGUAAGCCCUUUAGGAAGCAACCGGUGUCGGUUGUUUGAGUCGACCCCAAACUCCCACCCCAUCGCCAGCAAACAAGCUGAGAGUGCUCGGAAAGGGUCGAUACCUUCUGUGACGAGAAAUGAACCUGAGUUAACGAGUAAUAACUAUUCACGAAUGCAAACCCGUAAAACUCGAAAGGAUGGUUCUCGUUACUGUUUGUUGUCAUCUAUAUGGCUGAUUAAUGACGGUUUGGGUGAGGGUUACAGCGAUCUUAACGCGUCUACUUUGCCCUCCCAGUUUCCAAAAAUUGAGUAAGCCAGCUUGGGUUCUUAAAUCGCUUGGCGAAGGAAGAGGAUAUGGCUCACUUCCUAUAAAACGAUGCGAUUUCAGCAAUAUCUGCAGUCUUUCGCGAAAAGGGGUCGUCAACUGAACAAAACAAAACAUCCCCACAAUGCAUAUUAAAGAUUAUUACUCUUUCUGAAGCACAGUCAAAACGAUUGAAAAUACUUACUCUCGUGUACUAUUACGCCACUUAAAAGGACCAAAUAUUAAAGGCUAGAAAUAAAAACCGAGCUCAAAAGCUGUCUCAUACUGAUCACGACCCGUGUAUAGCCGACUUAGUGAUCCAGUAACACCUGACGUUCCCUUCAAAUGAAAAUCUUCGGGAGCAACAGAUAUUCGAAAAGCAGAUCUGUUUCCCUGGUGGGGAUGUUACGACCGAAACUCGUGGUUCAUGACUUCCACCCACCUCUGGUUACCAUUGCAGGAUCCCGCAGCCGUUUUCCUGUAAAUAAGACACAUAUAUGCAAGGAAAACACGAUUGCCGAGUGUUCCUAACCUGCGUUUUGUUUACCAUUUGAUAAAAUCUUGAACCGACCGGGUAACAAACCUUGGGUCUCUUGAAAAUACAUCAGGAUCCAUUCUGACGUCCAAGACCACACCCCAGGCAGCAGGAAAUAUCAUAGUCAUCGAGUUUGAAGCAAGCAAUCACAUAUACUGAUAGCAAUACAAAAUCUAGAUAUGCGCACUACAAACAUUUUCAUCGCUUUAAUUUUGAUUGUUUCACAAAGGUAAAAGAAGGGAUAUGUCCAUCCCGUGGUUCAUUCAUUGCGAAACGCGUAGAGGUCAUGCAAUCCCAGGGUAAACCAGGCAUCAGCUGAUAACACAUGCCACCUGUAAUCUUCGAAUAACCCACUCCACAAACGCCCCCGCAGGGGUUGUAACGGGCUCGCUCUUUCUUCGACGCUAAAAUGAAACUAACUAAGCCCAAUAAAGGAGAAGGCCAAAAGCACGGAUGGUGUAAUGCGGUUGCCAAAGCAGACAGAGAGGUAGAUGAAGAAUCCAACAUCUAAACAUUAUACGUGUAUGCCCUCGUCUAUAUGUGCUCAACUUAGCAUGAACAAUUUCACCAGACAAGGUUUGGAACCGAUAGACGACGCAACCACUAAAAGGAGACAGCUGCGUAACGGGCAAAUAUGUUCUCACAGGCUCCUAACUAGUCACCUUGCUCCAGAGAUCUAAGAGCCGAACUUCGUGGCUGUCCAGGGCAUACGCUAAUGUCACCACCACUCCUAAUCUAGGAAUUCAAUACCCGAGCCAUGACAACCCAGACCAUUUCUAAAUAUUUGGUCUGGAAAGCAGAGAAAGAAUUCAUGCAAAAGUACUCACAAAAGAGCGUAGAUUAACGAGACCUUUUAAACCAUGUACAAAGCUGCCCUCACAAAAUAAUUAACUGUAUUCGAGAACACUUCACCCAGUUCAAGAGCGAAAAAACUUGUCGGAGGGAAAACAACCCCGAAUUAAGCAAUCAUUAAAGAGAAAUAACAAUGCUUGUAGGAACUUCCAGUCCAGUAGUUUUAAAAACAUUGAUGAAGACGUUAUUCUGAACGAAACGGGAGUGAUCCAACCAGACACCAAGCCUACCACUCAAUACUGAGUUACCACCGAAGAAUGAGGGUACGGAUACAAAGUGACAUCCAAAUCAGUCACCCUUGUUACUUUUGUAAGAAUCAAAAUACAGCUAAUCGAAAAAACUUCCACAAGCGGUAGUAAGUGCUACCAUAAUUCACAAAUAUAAAACCUGGUGAAACGUGCCAACACAUAAACCUGAAAACUUGUCCUCUUUGGCUCUAGCGUGACCAAGAAGACAAAAGGGCGAAAAACUUUUACCGCAUACAUCCCAAAUACGCCCGUAUUGCUCCCAACUCAAUGAAUCGUUAAGUCAUGCACCAGUGACAGGCUGUGAACACCGUUACUUAAAAGGUGACUAUCGAAGACCCCACUCAGUGCUUCUACGCCCCUAUUCCUUAUGCCCAGGUAUAAGUAAACGGGCCCGACAGGGUUUAUCUCUCGAUAAUAUGGGCCGAUAUAAGCCCUAUAGAUGUUAUCCUUUCACUUGUGGCCAUUUUCCCCGAACUCGGGUUUACAUCCAGAGAUAUUAGGGAGCUUACGAAUUGACGACUUUCGCACGACGACGCCGUUGGACUGCGUGACAGGAUUACUGCGCAUGCUUAUCUGGGCACUUCCCGGCGUCGCGCCAAAGUCGACGCCGUUGUUGACAGCGAUUCGCCGGCGUCCUAGAAAAAGCAGGACGUGAGACUAAUUUUCAAAGUUUUCCCUACAUACUUCAGCGGAUUUUUCCAGAUAAUUCAAGUAUCACAUAAGGGGCAUGUUCUUUACAUAUGUUUUGAUUUGUUUGUCUGUUUUCAUUGGAGUAACGACCCGAAGAAUCAACACCAUAGCUAUAGCUGUAGACAAACAUAAAUUAACAUUGACUGAAACCAUAUUGGCAAGAUGGCAGCAAAGCCACAACUAGACCAUUACAAGUGGUUAUCUCAUCACAGUAACUACAGCUGUUCAGAAAGUUUAUAAAUGCCCUCCCUGUAUAUAAACGCGCCUUGCAUUCGUCCUUUGUUGUCUUGUCUAAAUCCGUAGUUAACUGUGAGUUUGUUGACGAAACGCAUAAAAGUACAAAUACAGUGAAAUACUCGGUCCUUUAUAAAUCUGUUUCCAUAAGCGUCUGCAAUACGAGCUCUCGUUUCUUUUAUGAAUUUAGACAUUUUGCAUUGGUUGAACAAAUAAGCUUACUUGUGAAAAGAAAAAAACAAACUUCAGAAACGGCGGGAAAAUUUGCCUGCCGCGCGCACCAACGUCGUCGCCUUUACUACGAAUCGUAAAUUCCAAUUUCUACAGAACGGCAACGCAGAACUAUGACGUGACCCAGCGGCGGCGUCGUGGAAAAGUCGUCGAUUCGUAAGCUCCCUAUUAAACAUGUUUGUAUCUGCUUACUCUCCGUAACGUUAAAGGCACAAAUAUCGGCGAUUCUUCUCCGAGAGUUACCGAGAAGAAGACGAUCAAAAGAUGACAAAUCGUAAAGAGACUGCAGACCCGAGCUCGGAAAAAAUGACCACCGUAGCCCAAGUAAUCGGGCUCUAUGGCAUGCCUAUACGCAAAACGCUUGUGGGAUCACUUCUCCAACCUGGAAACCACAGAAACACCAGAAAAAAAAAUUAAAAUAGUGCCUAUAUGCCUAAAUUUGUCGAUAAACCCAACGAAACGAUCAAGUAUAUAUAGCAAUCACAAUAACCAGGCCUCCUCCGCCCGUUCUUCUGGGCAAGUAUGCUAAAUAUGGCCUGCUUUAAAGCACAGUUCAACGGUAUGGAGCACGGAGCUGUGGGCGUCCGUCCCAAGAACGGUCCUCGUUUUAUUAAUUGAAACAGCAAAGACCUCUAGACUCAGCUCUCUCCCAAACCCCUUUCGAGUUGCGUUCUUUUCUACCUUGUAAUGCAUUAUUUAUACCGAAUCGAGGGAUAGCGCUACACCUCUCUCUCGGUCCACAACCGAUCAUUUUUUUCCCUUUAUCUUUUUUAACGUCACCCCGUGGCAGCGACACCGCUCUCUCGGUCCUCGACCGAUCCCUUUUUUUUAACACCACCCCGUGGCACAGAGCGACACUGUUCUCUCGGUCCGCCAUAGCCCGCGUAGCAAGCGUUUCCGUGCAGUUUAGGAGCAAAGAACGAGGAACGUUAGACAAACCCGCGCGAAAAAAAUGGCGCAAGUAAAAGAGCGGGAAGGGGGCACCCCGUGCCACACAGCGACACCGCUCCCUCGGACCGCGACCGAUGUUAUUUAUUUUUCCCUAAUACCACUGCGUAGCACAGCAACGCCUCUCUUUUAGCCCUCGACCAAAACGUUAUCUCGUCUUUUCUCUCUUAUAACCACCAUAUGAUAGGCAAAGAGUCCUCGGUAGAGAAUAUCGCGGCACCACGUGGCACACUGGGCAAUGCUUCCAAACUCGUCGCUCAAACUAGGUUCCUCUUUUCAAAAGGAAAGCCACGUCACCUGGCGACACAAAGACACAAAAGCUUAAGAUUUUAAGUAGCCGGUCCUCAACCAAAAUGAACAAGUGUUCAAAAAUAUAAAAUAACUGAUUUACCAAACAUCCAAGAAAAUAAGCACAACUACAAUGACAAAAUAGUGCAAGACGCAAGAUUGCAGAAAAAAAGAAAGACGUGCGAGAAUAACAGCGAAUAAAUUACCCAGCACGUGCUUAAAGCACGAAAAUAAAAAAAAAACUGGUUUCCCAGCACUGGUCCAAACAAACUAAACGAGAAUUAAAAACAACCAGCAAAAAGACCAAACAUAAGGCUCCUUAGACCAAUGCAAAUUCAACAACGAAAGCUGAAAAUACCUGAGUGUUCUGUCGAGUUGAAUACAUCAGGCGUGGUGGAAUUUUCGCAGUUCGCAGUCUAUCAUCUUCGGCUGCCGCUAAGCUUGCAAAACAGCUUGCGAUGUGGACGAAGUUAAAGUCGACCAAAUAAGUGGCACGAGUCGAGCCUUGAAGAAGAUGAAGAAACAUUUCUUGGACCAUGGCUCUAGCAUUUGACCUCGUUGGGACGCACGCGCACCCGAAACGGUGAGGCGACUCCAACUUAAGUUAGUCAAAAUGACAACUGUGAAUAAUUAACACAUGCUUAUAUACUAUGCGCGAAGUCUAAUGAAUAUUAGUAAGGUAUAAAAAGUGUUCUAGAUCCGCAAAAGUAAUUGAAUGCAAGAUAUUAGGAAACAACACAAUGAACAAAAGCUGUGGUCUUUGUCCUAACUGGCACCUCCAUUACAAUUUGAUGAGCUAGGCGGCUUUCUUUGCGGAGCAGAGCUCGUGUAGCGUGAGCCAAUGAGAGUCAACCUACUUAGAAAACUUUAUCACUAAUAUUACAGAUCUAUAUUUUUGGCCCUGCUAUAAGUAACGAAACGCCUUUGGAAUCUUGCGAUACAGAGAAACUGCUUGAUGUGUGGGGGUCAAGCAAUCUUACCUCGGAGAAACAAGUGACUGAACAGUGUGCGAAAGCCAACAAACUCCUUGGCUUUGUGCGCCGAGCUUCUAGGUACAUCCAAAGCACCCAAACGCGUCGUACACUUUAUCUUUCUAUCGUCCAGUGACAUCUCGGCUAUGCAACCCAAGUAUGGUCGCCACAGUCCAUUGGCUUACUAAAACGAGUUGAAAACGUGCAGCGCCGUGCAACAAAACUAAUUUUGAAGCUUCCCUUCCAUUGCGAUGUAUCCUGUAAGACCCGCCUCCAACUAACGAAUCUGUUACCUAUCUCAUACUGGCAUGAAUUUUUGGAUAUAGUCUUUUUCUAUAAAGCUGUUAAUAACUUAGUUUUCAUAGAUAGUGAAGCUCUGCCUGCAACUAGACAAUCAACGAGAUCUACCAGGUCAUCGAGCAGCAAUGCUAUCACUUAUAUCCCUAAGCGAAGUAGAACUGUAACUUAUCAACGCUCAUUUUUCAUACGCGCGUGCCGCACAUGGAAUGUUCUGCCCGCUGAGUUGCGCACAAGUCACAUCUCUCUAGCCGCAUUUAACCCUUCACUACUUCAAUAUUACAAUAAGGCGCUGGACCUGUACGACGUUGACGACAUCAGAACCUGGACAACAAUCUGUCCCAGGUGCAACAUAGCGAGGACUCUUCUGUGCCCGCCGAUGUGCUGCUUCUAGCAAUUUGAACUUCUGUUUUGCUUCCUUUUGAUUUUCUUGUUUAUAUAUCAGUAGCUUUAGUUAUUCUUUUUUUCUUUUGUUUUGUUUUGUUUUUUAAUUAACGAGGNUGAAAACGUGCAGCGCCGUGCAACAAAACUAAUUUUGAAGCUUCCCUUCCAUUGCGAUGUAUCCUGUAAGACCCGCCUCCAACUAACGAAUCUGUUACCUAUCUCAUACUGGCAUGAAUUUUUGGAUAUAGUCUUUUUCUAUAAAGCUGUUAAUAACUUAGUUUUCAUAGAUAGUGAAGCUCUGCCUGCAACUAGACAAUCAACGAGAUCUACCAGGUCAUCGAGCAGCAAUGCUAUCACUUAUAUCCCUAAGCGAAGUAGAACUGUAACUUAUCAACGCUCAUUUUUCAUACGCGCGUGCCGCACAUGGAAUGUUCUGCCCGCUGAGUUGCGCACAAGUCACAUCUCUCUAGCCGCAUUUAACCCUUCACUACUUCAAUAUUACAAUAAGGCGCUGGACCUGUACGACGUUGACGACAUCAGAACCUGGACAACAAUCUGUCCCAGGUGCAACAUAGCGAGGACUCUUCUGUGCCCGCCGAUGUGCUGCUUCUAGCAAUUUGAACUUCUGUUUUGCUUCCUUUUGAUUUUCUUGUUUAUAUAUCAGUAGCUUUAGUUAUUCUUUUUUUCUUUUGUUUUGUUUUGUUUUUUAAUUAACGAGGGAUCCACUGUAAUUGGUCAGGAUGUAGUGGUCUCCCUGCCUAAUACUUUUUAUGUAUUCAUGUAUAAAGAUCGUAUUCUAGUUAGGCGAAGCUAAAUAAAUAAAUAAGUAAAUGUCGAUUAAAGUUAUCCCGAGCUCGAAUAAGAAUAUUGGGUUUUUUUCAAAUUCCAUUUCAGUCAGGAAUAAUGGUAGAUCGAGAAUAAUCGCCCUUUGUAGGUGUUUUCUCAAAUAUUUAUUUUAUUUAUGAAUUUAUUUAUUUAUUUAUCUAUUUAUUUCGAUCGAUCAUAAUUUGCCGGAUAGACCUGAAGAAAUCCGGUUGGUGUGGUGAUGAUAGGGAGGAGAAAGAUUUCCUCCCAAGACAACAAGACAAGAACUUCCUAAAUCUAAUAAAGUACAAAAAAAGGAAUUGGGAGAACAAUAACUUUUUCAUAAUAAUUUAUUUUUUUCUAUUAGGAUCAGUGGAUCUGCCGGAUUUCUCGGAUCUGCCGAACAGUGACCUCCUUGGGUUUGAAAAGAUGUCAUUUUGGUCCACAAAAGAAGAAAGAAAGAAAUGGGAAAAUGAUUUUGUGACUGCCUUUGUGGGAAAUAUCUUGAUGGUAAAAGCGUCUCUCUUAUUUAUCUAAUAUAUAUUAUAAUCACUUUAGUUCGCCUAGUAUUCGUUUUUUGGUCAAUGAAAAUGACCUUUUCCUUGCAUACCAAAAGAAGUAGGAGACUUCAUAAGCUAAGGUUUAAGAGGUAAUGUAUGGAGAACUUUAUUUUUUCUAAUACCCCCCCCCCCCCCCCCCCCAAAAAGGCUUAGGAUAAUUCUAUCACUGAAAUCAUUUUCACGAAUAAACUGUUCGUUCCGUAAAACGCAAUGAGCCCAAACUGUCGCACGUAAAAAAUAUGCACAUGAUUUAAUUUAUAAGGAAACCUGCAAACCCUUAAAAACGUAAAUCCAAAAGCAUUUUCGCUUUUAAAAGGUUGCCUAUUUCAUCAUAGUCUCGGGGCUCUCUGUUUGCCUUCUUAAAGGGACUGUGUCACGAUAGUGCUCAUGUGUGAGCUGUGACAGUAGCAGAUUGUCUUUGAACCAAUCGGAAGCGAGUAAGAUGCACGCGAGGAAAUUUACAUAAUUCAAGAUUCAUUGUUCGCGAAGCGGGAGUCUUCCGGACGCUUUUGUUCGAUUUUAUAUAUCCCCAUAAUUGAUAUUUGUUCUCUGGUAUUCCUCAGAUAAAUGUUGCAGCUGAUAAGAAUAAGAUUAACAACCCUGUCCUGCUUUGAAACAAACAUUUACCUACGUGUAUUUUUGUGACCCACGCUAGAGAACCAGUCUCCGAUCCGCAAACAAAAAUAAUUUGUAAACAAACCUUACUGAUCCCUCUGUUUACCUUAUAUAAACUUAGAAAUACCUGCAAAUAGCUCCUGACCGGUGAUCAAAACACACAGUAUAGGAUGAGGCAAACGAUUUGCUUAAAAUGCCAGCUAAAUGCGCGCUAAAAUAAAAUAUGCCAUGCCAUGCGGUCGGCUAGCGCGAUGAACACUCUGCCAACUGCUGCUCAGUCGAUUGAUACCAGCUGAAAAUCGUAGCAGUGUUUGAAAGCAAUUCUUAGCGCUUCAUCGUAAAACGCUUUCAUUGCAAUAGUAGCCACAUAACGUAUAAGUACAAAGAUUAUUUUAAAAGAACAACGCGAGAAAAGGCAUAAACAGGAGCCCAUCACUAUGGCAUAAAUUUCAAUUGCUUAUCAGCAAAUAAAAAAAUUCCUUCCGAGUCGUUGCGUCGGGUGUUCCGCGAAACAAACAGUAUCGAUUCAACACAUAAAGAAACCGGAUGUUAAACGGAACAUUCAGGCAACAAUUUAUUUUUAAAAGAUCAAUUCUUAAACGUCUACGCUCAUACAGACAAGAUACAAGGAACAUUCCCAGUGAACUACAUCAGUAAAGGUCACGCGGCCUGUUGUUAGUACUUUCUGCUAUACGUUCUACGGAUCGGAGUCAUAAAUCAAAUGCCUGUUAAAACGUUUCAUGUUCGAUGGAUUGUUUCCUCAAACCUCACACGACUUCCUGUACAACAAAAGAUUGCUUGGUUUUCUCCUUCUGAUUCCAGGCACUCGAUAAAUUAAAUUGUUGCAGUCAUGUCGCAGAUCAGCUUCACUCGCCGCUGCCUUCCAUUAGCGGUCCACGGCUGUAUCGAGGAAACCCUUUUUAACUCCCUUUACAUAUUUAUCGUUUAAAAAAUAUCCGUCAAAGGUAGAUCGUUGAGUGGAGAACAUUAAUAGACAGAAAUGAAAGCCAGAUGACCACAUCAAAGGCCACAUUUGAUCUGUUUGUAUGAACACUGACAACAACGAACAUGGUUUCGUACGGUUAUCCUCAAUGACUUCGAAUUUUCUCGACAAUACUUGCACAAAAAUACAAAAUAAAGCGUUUAAAACUUCCCAAAUGGACCAAAUAGCUCUUGAAUACUGAUAUUAUGGCUUUCUCGGGCGUCUCAGGGUCGAUGGAAGAGGAUUUUUUCACCAAAACGCCAAUCUUGAAAAACUGUUCGCCGGAAAGAAAUCAAGUUGCCGCACAUGCGCAGAAGCGUGUCACAGUCCCUUUAAGAGUCUUUCAGAGACUAUCAAUUUGUUUUUACGGUUGCUUACCGUGACAAAGUCAAAGUGUCGAGCCAAGGAAGGACAACCUUAAAUGUUACAUUGCUGCUAGUCACUAAUGAUUAUUUUGGUAAUUAUGGGCAUUCUAUUUCAACAGGAUCUGGGAGAAGGCUUACGGGGAUUCUACGCGAAGUCUGUAAACGACAGAAGACUGGGUACUAAUAACAUAUUGCUUUGAGGCGGUCACCACACUAAAUAUGAACAAACCCAAAGAUUAUUUCCAAUAAUGAGCCUAGUAUAAAAUAUUCCUGUUUCCUUAAUAAUUUAACAACUGUCCUAUAAAUGCCAUGACAUACACCGUUUACGUUAUUCUUAAAAAAAAAAAGAAAAAGAAAAAGAAGGCGUAGGCAAUAAAAGAGUGUAGGUUGGAAAGUUAGGUAAACUUGUUCAAUUUUUCUCAGCUCGUAUUGGACAAUUUGCUAAAAGUAACACUUUUGGCUAUCCCUGCAAUGAUUCAAUUGACAUCAAGGUCACUUAAAACAGUUCCUACAUUCGAAGCGAACAUCCAUGAGGCUAUCCCGGCUUUCCUCGGCUUUUUAAUUCCUUCUUUUCUCUCUAAGCAUUGUCCUCAGCAGCGUGCAAAGAAAGUAGUGUCCGAUAGCCCGGGGCUAGUGGAUUUUGCUAUCGCGCUAGUGAAUUCUUGUCUUUAACUUGCCCAACGGACAAGUGAUGUUUUUUGAGGAAUUCGAAUAACAGAAGAACUGUGAAAUUAAUUCCGCAAGUCAAAAAGCUUUUGAGGCUAGUUGAAAUGACGUCUGGGCUAGUAAAUGCUUUUCUUUGCACCCUGCUUCAGUUUCCCUUGGGGCAAAAAAAAUUGGAAGCGAUGUAUCUACAAAAUUUGGCCAGUGGGGUAAACAAAGUGUAUAUGGACAAUGAGACUGAAUGGUGAAUAUGAAGACUCUCGAAACGUUUACGUUUCAGUGAAUUUUGUUCUUUUGACAUAUUUGGGCUCACUAUCCUGUGCUAAAUGGUAUCACAAAUGAAACGUCAUAAAAAUCCGAAACAUUUUGCUUAUGUAAAACCGUUCCGUUUUCUGAAAAAAAAUAGGUGUUUAAGGUUUAUAUUGUUCCAAACCUUUACAAGGCUCCAUGUGUAAAUUGUUCGUUACGAUUAGGCUAGUAGGUUAUCAUCGUGCAGAAAUAGAUUCAUUCAUUCAUUCAUUCAUUCAUUCAUUCAUUCAUUCAUUCAUUCAUUCAUUCAUUCAUUCAUUCAUUCAUUCAUUCAUUCAUUCAUUCAUUCAUUCAUUCAUUCAUUCAUUCAUUCAUUCAUUCAUGGAAUGUUCUUGAAAUUGCUUACCCUAGCUUUAUGCACCUAGCAAGUGGUUCCAUUGGUACAGUUCCCACCUGGUAUCUGUUUGUAUUUGUUUGUUGUUGUCGUUUUUGUUGUUUUUUUUUUUUCAUUGCAACAUUGCGCAAAACACAUCCAAAUGACUGUCUCCCUAUUUUGCAGAAGGUAGCGUGGUGGAACGAUUUGGGCGCUGGACUUGUCGUAAAGACCGGCUCUUAAGCAGGAACGGAGUUUCUUUCUAUUUGAUAUUUAUUUAAUGUACUUAAUAUUGUCAAACCGUAGGAAAUGAUCCACUCAUCCGAGAGGUUUAUGAGGUUGAUGAACCUUCUCUUCCUCGGACAGUGGCAGAUAUCUACCCUGGANCAUUCAUUCAUUCAUUCAUUCAUUCAUUCAUUCAUUCAUUCAUUCAUUCAUUCAUUCAUUCAUUCAUUCAUUCAUUCAUUCAUUCAUUCAUUCAUUCAUUCAUUCAUUCAUUCAUUCAUUCAUUCAUUCACGGAAUGUUCUUGAAAUUGCUUACCCUAGCUUUAUGCACCUAGCAAGUGGUUCCAUUGGUACAGUUCCCACCUGGUAUCUGUUUGUAUUUGUUUGUUGUUGUCGUUUUUGUUGUUUUUUUUUUUCAUUGCAACAUUGCGCAAAACACAUCCAAAUGACUGUCUCCCUAUUUUGCAGAAGGUAGCGUGGUGGAACGAUUUGGGCGCUGGACUUGUCGUAAAGACCGGCUCUUAAGCAGGAACGGAGUUUCUUUCUAUUUGAUAUUUAUUUAAUGUACUUAAUAUUGUCAAACCGUAGGAAAUGAUCCACUCAUCCGAGAGGUUUAUGAGGUUGAUGAACCUUCUCUUCCUCGGACAGUGGCAGAUAUCUACCCUGGACAUGCGGUCUUCUGGAGAUACAGGACACGCGUAACAGUCGAACUCGUCAUUCGGAAUUUCCAAGACGUAGAAUCAAACAAGACCACCCAUAAGAUACUUGGAAGGUUCCUUGAUGAGGUAAAUAGACUGUAGGCUCGCGUUCCGCCACUCCCUCGAGGCUACAAUUACUCGUUAUUUCGUCCUGGGGGAGCUCGGGUUCAUUUCCCGAACAGCGCCUGAUAAUCUAGCCUAAUUUGACCGAGAGCGAAUAAAAAUAACAAAAAACAUAUCCGCUAAUAAUAUAGUAUCAGCAUUGCCUUACUUAGUAUCAUGUAUUUUUUAUUCGAUUUUGCAGGAACACAAACUCCGUGCAUUACAAUUUUUGCCGGACAUAGUGGCUUUGCAGAGAAAAUUGAAUGAUCGUUUCCAUCGACGAAUUGAAAGAGAAAGAGCCGAUCCAUUAACAGUAAGGGAUUUCCUAAAAGGGCUCCAUAAAGGUAAUUUAAUGAAGCUUAAUUAGCACUAAUUCCAGGUUAAAGGUCCGUUUGCUCAAAACUACACCUUGUUGACUAAGUGCUUGAAAGGUAUGACUAUAUAUUCUUAUUCAAAAAAUUCACUUUGCAUGUGCUGCCUUUCUUCUUCGCUACGCGUAUUUUGAAAUAGACAGUACCGACCUUGCAAAGUAAAAUCAAAGACAGCACACAACCGCCCCGAGCCACAAAAAAUGAUUUUUUUUUCUAAUGAACCAAUUAAAAUAUUCCGCGUUAUUGGAUUUCAGCUUUUAUAUAUUUUGAACUGAGUGAUUUGGGACCGCUUUCUGAUUUAAUGAAAAUUAUGUACAACUGGAGCAAUUGCUUUUGUCACCGUUUACUUCGUUUACUUCUUAUUUGCUUCUUUUUCAUAGAAAAGGAUAGCGUACGCAAGCUGUUUCAAAGUUUCCAGUCUGCAUGGGAACUUGUACGUCACCAGUUAAGUUCUCAAGGUAUGAAUAAUCCGAGUUUUAAGCAUACGCGUGACGUCGUGAAAGUAACGCUUCGGACGUUGCAAAUCUUGCAAUCCGAAAGCUUUUUUGCGGUGGUUGUUUGUCGAGUUAAUUCUUUUUUAAUCCGUAGAUGGUUUUUCUUUCCUUUUUUCUUAAAUUGAACCUUCUUGCGAAAUGUGCUCCAUGAUAAAAAAAAACCUUACUUCGUUUGCUUCAGGCCGUUUCGCCCCAACUAAAGAGCAGUGUGAGAAGACAAUGGAGAGAAGUUCUAGCGUGUCAUUACUAAUUCCAACCAGUGAAGGGCCAGGCGUUUGUUGCAAGGGACUGAUGUUCUUUUUAGUCAAUGCCCACAAUGAACUUGUUCAAGCGUACGGCAGUUUAGAAAAUACCAGGUAA